CGCGGGUCCUGCUCCUCCGCUGUCAUCCUCUGAGCGCCUGUGUGUGUUGGCGGGAGAUUCCAGCAUGGCUGUGCAGCCCAAGGAGAAGCUGUCUAUGGACAGCGGGAUGGAGAGCGGGUUCAUCCACUUCUACAACUCCAUGCCCGACAAGCCGGAGACCACAGUGCGGGUGUUCGACCGGAGCGAGUAUUACACGGUGCACGGCAAGGACGCGGUGUUUGCCGCCAGAGAGGUUUUCAAAACCAAUGGGGUCAUCAAAUAUCUGGGAUCAGGUGAAUAGUGCUAGUAACCCACUGAGUGUAACUCACCACCACAGCGUAUUAUAUAUAAAGGGGGGGCUGCUACUGGGUCUAACUGACCCCCACAGCAUUUUAUAUAUAAAGGGGGGGCUGCUACUGAGUCUGACUGACCCCCACAGCAUAUUAUAUAUAAAGGGGGGGGCUGCUACUGAGUCUGACUGACCCCCACAGCAUAUUAUAUAUAAAGGGGAGGCUGCUACUGAGUCUGACUGACCCCCACAGCAUAUUAUAUAUAAAGGGGGGGCUGCUACUGAGUGUAACUGACCCCCACAGCAUAUUGUAUAUAAACGGGGGGGCUGCUACUUGGUCUAACUAACCCUCACAGCGUAUUAUAUAUAUACAAAGGGGGGGCUGCUACUGAGUCUGACUUACCCCCACAGCAUAUUAUAUAUAAAGGGGGGGCUGCUACUGAGUCUGACUGACCCCCACAGCAUAUUAUAUAUAAAGGGGGGGGGCUGCUACUGAGUCUGACUGACCCCCACAGCAUAUUAUAUAUAAAGGGGGGCUGCUACUGAGUCCACUGACCCCACAGCAUAUUAUAUAUGUUGGGCUGCUACUGAGUCAGACUGACCCCACAGCAUAUUAUAUAUAAAGGGGGCUGCUACUGAGUCUGACUGACCCCCACAGCAUAUUAUAUAUAAAGGGGGAGCUGCUACUGAGUCUGACUGACCCCCACAGCAUAUUAUAUAUAUAAAGGGGGGGCUGCUACUGAGUCUGACUGACCCCCACAGCAUAUUAUAUAUAAAGGGGGGGCUGCUACUGAGUCUGACUUACCCCCACAGCAUAUUAUAUAUAAAGGGGGGGCUGCUACUGAGUCUGACUGACCCUCACAGCGUAUUAUAUAUAAAGGGGGGGGCUGCUACUGGGUCUAACUAACCCUCACAGCGUAUUAUAUAUAUAUAUAUACACAAAGGGGGGGCUGCUACUGAGUCUGACUUACCCCCACAGCAUAUUAUAUAUAAAGGGGGGGGCUGCUACUGAGUCUGACUGACCCCCACAGCAUAUUAUAUAUAAAGGGGGGGGGCUGCUACUGAGUGUAACUGACCCCCACAGCAUAUUAUAUAUAAAUACACACACAAAGGGCGGUCUGUAACCUUCACAGCAUAUAAUAUAUAUAUAUAUAUAUAUAUAUAUAUAUCUCAAGAGGGGGUUGGCUGCACUCACCUUAACAUGCCUAUAUGGGGGUGCUGCUGGUGGCCAAAUAAUACAAUACACAAGAUCCAGCGCACUCACCUAUCCACUAAACAGCAACUUCAAUGUUGAAAUAUUUUAUUUGUUUUUUUAAAAACACCUAAUCUAGGCAAAAAUAAUGGGGGUUUAGUUGCAUUAUAUGAUCAUACAUUGCAUAAGCCUGCCACAACGUCAAUGUACCCCAUCUUUGGCAGGUCCUACACUAACAGCCUAAUGUCUGCUCUUAUGAGAUUAACCUACUUGGGAAAAAAAUUCCAUCUGGGGCUCUCUGCAGUACAAGGCCAAAUAGGGCCCUGGGAUGAGGCACCUGUGACAGGGAGGGGUGCAAAACCAAGGAGUUGGCUAGACUCCCAAAUAUAUAUAAAACAAGAGGGGGUUGGCUGCACUCACCUUAACAUGCCUAAAUGGGGGUGCUGCUGGGGGCCAAAUAAUACAAUACACAAGAUCCAGCGCACUCACCUAUCCACUAAAUAUAUAUAUUAAGGGGAGGGGGCUGCUACUGGUAACUAACCCCACAGCAUAUUUAUAUAAAAGCUGGGGGCUGCUAACUCACAGCAUAUUGGUAUAUAAGUUGGGCUACUGUGUAACUAACCCCACAGCAUAUUAUAUAUAAAGACAUACAAAUAUUUAAGGUAAAUUACAUCUGUUUGAAAGUGAAACCAGUUUUUGUUUUCAUGCAGGCUCUGUCAAUCAUAGCCAGGGGAGGUGUGGCUAGGGCUGCAUAAACAGAAACAAAGUGAUUUAACUCCUAAAUGACAGUGAAUUGAGCAGUGAAAUUGCAGGGGAAUGAUCUAUACACUAAAACUGCUUUAUUUAGCUAAAGUAAUUUAGGUGACUAUAGUGUUCCUUUAACGCUUCAGACCGGAGGGCGUACAAUUACGCCCUAUUUUAAGCGCUCUAAACGCCGCCGGCGUAACUGUAUGCCCUCCGGUUUUGUUUACUUACCCAGUAGUCCCCGGCAGAUCCUCCUCCUCCUCCGGUGCCCCCCAGCCAUGUGAGAGUGGCCGGGAUAGCUGGCUUCUGUAUUGCCAGCAGGGGGGCUGCCUGUAAUUACAGGUGGUCCCCCUGCUGGCUAGAAAUAAAAUAAAAAUAAAAUUUAAGUGUUUAAAAAGAAAAAUAUAUAUAUUAACUAAUAUCAAAUUACACGUAGACUGAUACUGAUUAAAUAUAUAUAGAAUUAUUGUUAUAUAUAUAUAUAUAUAUAUUAUAAAAAAUUAAAUAUGUAAAUACGUAAAAAUAAAAAUAAUUAAAUUUUUUUUAAAAAUUAUAUAGAUGUGUUAUUUCGUUCUAACUGUAUUGUGAUAUUAAUAUAUAUCAAAAUACACAUAGAACGAAAUAUAUAUAUCUACAUACAUAUAUAUAUAUAUAUAUACACACACACACACAAAUAUAUAUGUAGAAUUUGCGUUUUUUGCAUUUUUCACACAAAGAAAUACUAACGCUAACUUUGGCCAGUGUUUGUGACCAAAUGGCUACUAAAAAAGACUGGACAUACCCCAUUUGCAAUACCUUGGGUUGUCUACUAUUGCAAAUGGUAUGCCAUUAUGGGUGUAAAUUUCAUUCCUGGGCUUCUAUAAAGUCCCAAAGGCAACGUAACCAAUCUGGCAAAUUUCAAUUUCAAAUGUAACAUGCUAUAUUUGACCCUGUAACUUCCCAAAACGCCAUAAAACCUGUACAUAGGGGGUACUGUUUUACACGUGAGACUUUGCUGAAUACAAAUGUGUAUUUUAUUGCAGUAAAAGUCAAACAGUAUUAUGACGUUGACAGUUAAAAUGUCCUGUGGAACUAAAAAAAAAUCUUAUUUUCUCCCAUUUUUUCAUAUUAAAUUGUUCCAUAGCUAAAUAUUUGAUAUUAAAUGAAAGCUCUGUUUCCCCUGAAUAAAAUGAUAUAUAAUAAGGGUGGGUGCAUUUAAGAUGAUACGGUGAAUUACGGUUGGACAGACAUGUAGCGCAAAUGCCAGGUUUUGUUUACAUUUUGUUUCGUUCACAACGUGUACAUUUGGCUCAGUCCUUAAGGGGUUAACAAAGUGUUCCUUUUGCAAUAGUACAACACAUGUAUAAGUUGUUACUCCUUGCUCAUUUUAAAUCAACUGCAUGGCACUCUACCUGAAGUGGAUGUGAUGACAGGAAAACUUUUAUUUUAUAGUGCAUGGAUGUAAAUACAUACAACUUUGCAAUGCCACAACAGCAUCAACAAGUACUGCAACACAAAUACUGGAACAUGGCUUUGAAAAUUUUGCACAUUUUUUUUUUUAAUAUUAUGUAAGAGAUUAGCUAAGCAUACAUGUCUAGAUUUGAUUGCUAACUAUGUAAAAAGAGAGUUUUUUACAUAGACCUAGUAGGAAAAUCCGUACGUGUAUAGUAACUGGAAAACCAUAAUGAGCAUAGAGGAAGAAUUAUUGGAGUCACACAGACCACAUAAUCUCAAUGCAGUGGUUGGUGUAAGUGUAGUGGCUCUAUCCUUUAAAUCAUGCAAUGUAAAAUAUUUCAGUUUUCUUGUCAAUCUACCAGGAACGUGUUUUAGCAUUCAUUUAAAGCUAAAUUGCUUCAUGUGCUAACAUGCCUUUUAAAUUUUAAUAUUUUUGAUUGAAUGCCAAUUUUUUUUGUAUGUUUGAGCACAGCACCUGGGUUUUUAAGUGAGAACACAAAUAGGUUGUAGAACUCUUAAUUUAGAUUUGCGUUUUUAAAACAUCAUUGGUUUGUUAGUUGGACAAAGAAAAAGAGUGUCAUAAGAUAAAUUCUGAUCAUAUUCUUUUUGAUCAGAAGUACAUAUAUAACAGGCCUUAGUGGCACUAGGGACUAUGACAUAAAUAAGUAUAUAUUUGCAAUUUUAUUUUUUUGGUUUUAUGGUCUGUCAGUUCAGUAAUACAGUUGUCCAUUUCCUGUCUCUGUGCUUUGAAUAUAUUUCCUGUGAUAUUUUUGUCUCGGAAUCUUUGUUAUAAGACUGAAUCAUUAAUAAGACAAUAAGAGGUUUACAAUCCCAGUUUGGCAAUCGUUUCGCUCCUGCAUGUUUUUGCACUUUCCCCUGGUGUCGCUCACUUGGGGACAUCAGGGAAAAGUACCCCCUGCAAAAAAUAAAUAAAUAAAUAUUUUUUAGAAAUCAAUGCAGCUCUUUUCUGUCAAUUUAAGAGGUCAUCAGCAAUGUUCUGUGCUUGUGUAAGACUCUAUGACUGGCAUGCCAAGGUCCUAACAAAUGCUUAUCACCAAUACAUCCUCAAUGCAAACUAACAAACUAAUCCUCCAUUUGUUACUGUGUGUAUAUGUGUGUGUGUGUGUGUGUGUAUAUAUAUAUAUAUAUAUAUAUAUAUAUAUAUAUAUAUAUAUAUAUUUUUUUUUUUUAUAUAUCCAAAUAUUGAGAUGUAUAGACAUCACAUAGAAAGCAAAUGUUCUGUGGAAGAUUUAUAAAGCUUGGCAUUCACUUUAUAGAUAUUUGCUUUUUAAUUAAAGGAAUACUCUAAGCCCCAAAACAACCUUUUAGGUGUUAAAACUAAGUGAUUUAACACCUAAACGGCAGAAAUCAAAUUUCAAGUGAGGACGCCAUAAAAUCUGUAAUUGACUGAAUGUGUAUGUCGAUAGCUUAUAAAACCUGUUUUUUGUUUAUUUUUGGUGUACUGAUUUUUUUUUUUUGUCACAUUUUUAUAUUCAAGCAAAGUUUGGGAAUACAUGCUGGUUAACUGCUGCCUUUCACUCUGUUAUUAUAGUGAGCGCCUAUUCUGUGCUUUUGUAUAUCUCAUUGAAAUACAAUAUGAUGACGUGACAUGGGCACAAGUGUUUGACAGGACCACAUUAACAAAGCUAUGAUUUUUCAGAAAUGUUAAUUCUUACAUAUAAAAAUCACUGAGUGUGUGCUUUUCUCCUAUAAUCUGUGUAGGUAGCAAGAAACUGGAAAGUGUUGUGCUCAGUAAAAUGAACUUUGAGUCUGUUGUGAAGGAUCUUCUUCUGGUUCGUCAGUAUCGUGUAGAAGUGUAUAAAAAUAAGUCUGGAAGCAAAUCGUCAAAGGACAAUGACUGGCAAUUGGCUUAUAAGGUGAAGUGACAUUCAUUUUCACUGAAAGAGACAUGGUUUGUGUUUAGACUUUCCAAAUCUGCAAAUGGAGUUUUGAAAAUUAUGGUGUGCCAAAGGUGACUUAUUAGGUUAAAAAGUCUAAACAUUAAUGCAUUCCAACAGUUCGUUUAACCAUUAUCAAUCUCAAAUGUAACUUAAAAUCAAAUUUAUAUACAUUGCCUAUCAAUAUUGGUGCAUAUUCCCAGUCUUGUCCCACGGUCUUUCAUAAAUGACAAUGUUUUUGUUGUUUUGUUUUUUUUUUCUUGUGGAAUCUCCCUUUGGCUUCAUAUUUGAAUUUGAAGCAGAGAAUUUGCUUUAUUUACCAUUCUCUGUAAAUGACCCGCUUUCUGAAACUCAAUCUCUCUAAAACUGAGCUGCUUGCCUUUCCUCCUUCUAAUACUGAUCCUCCUCUUUUGCUCUCCCUUCAAGUUAGUAGUAUCCACAUAAGUCCAUCCUUGCAAGCGCGCUGUCUUGGCGUCAUACCUGAUUCUGGCCUCACAUCCAAUAUGUCGCCAAAUCCUGUAGAUUCCAUCUUAAAAACAUAUCCCACAUCCACCCCUUUCUUACACAAGAUGUUACCAAGGAGCUUGUCCAUGCUCUAGUAAUUUCCUGCAUGGAUUAUUGUAACCCUCUCCUGAUUGGUCUUCCCAAAAGCUGUACUGCACCGCUGCAGUCCAUAAUGAACACUGCCGCCAGACUGAUUUUGCUCUCUAGUCAUUGGCUUCCUGUAUGCUAUAGGAGUCAAUUCAAGGUACUAAUUCACACCUAUAAAGCACUGACCAAUUCUAGCCCCUCUUAUCUCUUCACAGAUCCACAGGUAUGUCACUUCUCGGUCUCUCCGCUCUGCCCGUGACCACUUCCUGUCUGUUGUUCGCACCCGUACGGCCAAUUCACGCUUGCAGGACUUCUCGCGGCCGGCUCCCUUCCUAUGGAAUAGCCUGCCUACCGCCAUCAGACUCUCCCCUAGUCUUGCAUCUUUUAAGAAGUGCAUUAAAACCAAUCUCUUUAGGAAAGUUUGUUGCCUCCCAGACUAACCUCUGCUUCACAUACCUGUCUCUUGCGCUCUCCUAAAGGACAGCACUUUACUCUCUCCUCUAGCUCUGCCUCACUCCAACCUUAUUUGAUUGCAAAUUCCUGUCCUAUUGUGUUUUACACCCCACCUCCUAUAGAAUUUUAGCUCGUUUAAGCAGGGUCCUCUCCAACCUAUCGUUCCUGUAAGUUUUUUGUAAUUGUCCUAUUUAUAGUUAAAUCCCCCCUCUCAUAAUAUUGUAAAGUGCUACGGAAUCUGUUGGCGCUAUAUAAAUGGCAAUAAUAAUAAUGACAUGCAGCAUUCCUAAUGCAAUGUCUGAUAUAUCACACAUAUUGUGACUUUUAGUAAGACCACCUGUAAACAAAUUAUCCUGCAAAGUCAGGACUCAUGGUGUAUUCCUAUGGCAGAUUUAGGGUAUAGAGCAUAAUGUUAUGAAUAAAUGUUUGUAUUCCUAACACUGUAAAGUGUUAAACUAGCUGUUUAGGUCUUCGCCCCUCUCUCUGUGGAAUUAAAAGGUUAUUUUACUUUCCUUUUCUCCCCCGUCAUUCCAAUCUUGCCACGGCUGGCCUUGCCUCCAUGGCUGAGAUAAUAAAUUUUGAUGAUCUCACCCAAUCUGGUGCUUUAUUAUAGGAAAGCAUUGGGAGGCUAUUGCAAAUGCAUGGCAAAACGCUGUGCCAAUCGACAUUUCGUUAUAGAGAUGCUUUGAAGCCCCUAGUCAUUGAAAUAUAUUUUAUUGUAAAAAAUAUUAACACUCUUUACCUUGCCUCCAGUAAUGACAUGAUCGUAACACAACCUCAUUGUCGGCACGCUGCUUCAACAGAGAGUAGGGAGAACUACAUGUUGAAGGGUUCUCCAGCUCUAUCUCCUGUCUGUUUUACCAACACAAUGUAUAGAAGUUAAACAUGUGUGUACCAUGACAGGCACACUUGAAAUGCUUUCCUGGUUAUAUUUAAAAGUAAAUGACAAGAUAUGACUAUCUUUUACCCCAAUAUAACAUUAUUGAAUUAACUGUUUUAACAGGCGUCCCCAGGUAACCUUACCCAGUUUGAAGAGAUUCUGUUUGGUAACAAUAACAUGUCUACAGCAAUUGGAGUUGUAGGCAUCAAACUGGUCACUGUUGAUGGACAAAGACUGGUUGGCGUUGGGUAUGUGGACUCCACCCUGAGAAAGCUUGGAGUAUGUGAGUUUCCAGACAACGAUCAGUUCUCUAAUCUGGAAGCUUUGCUGGUCCAAAUUGGGCCCAAGGAAUGUGUGAUGCCUGGAGGAGAGACUGCUGGAGACAUGGGGAAAGUACGACAGGUAAAUUGUAAUAAUUGCAAUUCACACUCCUCUGUCCCUGUCCUCUAUCUCAGUAUCUUUCUUCUCGUGGAUCUCCAUAUUUAAUGUGUAACAGAGCUACUGCAUAACUCACAGUAUUGUUUAGAAAUGUGAUGUCUGUGACUUAGUUACUCCAAUCACCAUGUCCACUUCCGCUUUUAGAAAUCGUCAUGGUGCAAGCAAUCUCUAUUUGCCGGGUUUCAGCUUGAAACGCUGCCUGUACAGAGAAAUCAUUGAUUUUGUGCCAGGGUGAUAUUACCUCCCCGGCACAUGUGACUUAUGCAGACUGGAACACUGUUCCGGACUGCCUUAUGCAAUUCUUGUGCCAAAAAUACCAGUUCUCAGCUUCUUCAUUUGCAGGCAGUUCUGUGUAUAUGUGGCUCGCAUACUCACAGUCCAAUAUUCUGCUUGUUCCCUUCGCCAUCAAUAUCUUCUAAAAUUUGACCAUUACUACUUCCCCCUUUUGGCACUGCUUCCAGUUACUCUGAUCCAGCCUUUUAUACCUCCCAUUGUCCAUCCCUUCCCGUACAUGCUUCCGAGGUCUCUAUGAGAAGCAUUUGAUUAAACCUUGUAUUGAAAAUGGCAUGGCAUGAUGAAAAGUGGACAUUGAACGUUUCUGGGAGAAUUUGUCCUGGCAAUGGAGUUCAAAAUUCUCAUUCAAUUCAUUUAAAAAAAAAAAAAAAGUGGGGGGUGAGGGCAGUAGAAGCGAUUAGUUGUUAAGCAAUGUAGAGCAACAUUAACAAGGGUUAACAACUAGCUUGGAGUUAAAAAAAAAAAAAACCUGUCAAAAAAUUUGUUUAUUUGGCCUUCAAGUUCUCCACAUUUUUGUCAUCCCGUUCUUUGACCAAUUCUCAAGUUACCAGAUCUUUAUAACUGUAUUCAAUGGUAAUAUUGUGUCUUGUAUAAUCCUAGUUUAAGUGCACACUUACUGGGUAAGUCAGAAUUGUUUGUCUUGCUGCUGAAAGCCAGUUUCUGGGUUACCGAGUCUUGGUUAGCUGUACAUAUAUGUGACAGUUAACAAUCUGGACAGCGUUUUAUGUACGUGUAAAGUAAAUUAUUAACUAUUAGUGAGAAUCCCCAAAUGGAAUAAUGACACAGAACUAAUUAUUUUCACGUACCCAUAACGCUUUAGAAGGAUCCUCUAAUUGUAAUUUUCCAAUUGUACAUUUAAUUAUUUUUAUUUCUCCUCUCUCUCUUUGUCUUAGAUUGUUCAGAGAGGUGGUGUUUUGAUUACAGACCGAAAAAAAUCAGACUUCACUACAAAAGACAGUGUACAGGAUCUGAACCGUUUGCUCAAAACAAAAAAAGGAGAGCAAGUUACCAGCGCUGCUUUACCGGAAAUGGAGAAGCAGGUACAAACACACAGAUAUAACUUCUCAUUUGCUUUUAGUUUAGAGGUCUUACAAAGUGAAAAAACUUUUAAUGUUGCAAAAAGGAAAUUUACAAAAAUGUGGACAAUCGAAGUUUCAACUAUAUAGGUCUUUCUCAAGAUCAACAUCUUGAGAAAUACCUAUAGGGUCGAAAUGUUGAUUGUCCACAUUUUUGUAAAUUUGCUUUUUGCAACAUUUAAAGCGUUUUUUUCACUUUAGAAGACCUCUGAGUGCACCCUUUAUACCCAUUUUGUGUGUGUAUAUUACUAUUAUUAUUAUUAUUAUUAUUAUUAUUAUUAUUAUUAUUAUUAUUAUUAUUAUUAUUAUAACAUUUUUUUGAGAUAUUUGAAUGUAUUGUCAAUAUGUUGUUCUGCUGAUGGUUUGUUCCCAUUAGUUUUGUAAAUAUUACUUGUUGUUGCUUUAAUUCUAGGUUGCCAUUUCCUCCUUGUCUGCAGUCAUAAAGUAUUUAGAGCUGUUAUCUGAUGAGUCCAACUUUGGGCAGUUCCAACUGACCAGUUUUGAUCUAAGCCAGUACAUGAAGCUGGACAAUGCUGCUGUUGGUGCAUUAAACCUGUUCCCGGUAAUAAUUUUUUGAAAAUAAUGUAAUACAAUUGCAGUAUUAUGAAACUUAGUUAUUUUUAAAGUGACAAUUUAUUCUUUAACACUGCACAUCCUAACCAAUAUCCGUCAUCUUGCUUUCCGGUAAUUACCUGAAUCUUGAAAAAAUGAAAACUUAUGUAUUUUUACACUAUGGCAAUAUAAACCUGGCAUUGGUUUGCCCAAGAUUUAGAAAAUCAUGCUUUACAUAUUGAAAAGCAAUCUGCAAAAACAUGAAAAAUGUAGUUUCCUUAUAACAAUGCUUUUUUUUUUUUUUGGCCAACUCACAAAUUUCUUUUUUCCAAACUGGUUGUUUUAUUUUUAUUUUAAAUUGGCUUUCCUGUCCACAAAUUAUAAUGAUAUAGUGUUGGGGGAAACAGUCAGGGUUAGUUACUAAAGUGAGUAGUCAAAGUGAAUUUCACAUUGAAGACCAAAGUAGCGAAACUCGAAGCCUAGCUAAGUUAGAAAAUGCUCCCAUUUUGACUAAUUUGUCCUUGCAUUUGUAGUUCACUUUGAAUUCUCUUAGUGAAUAAUGCCGAGUGUCUUUGGACAAGUGAACCCUUCAAAAAUGUCUCCUCCUCCCAAAUUAAUAGCGAUGGUAUUGUCUGUGUACAGCAAAGAGUUCAAAAUGGCCAAGCUAUGACUAAAUCAGUUCACCAGGUCAACUGGUGUUAGUGAAAUUUUUAAAAUUUUCUUUUUGGUAAAAUGUAGUGUUAGUUUAUACCUUAAUUGUCUUUUAAGCCACAGGUGCUAUUUAACUUGUUUACCUGAUUGCCACUUGUUCACAUAAACCGUAAUUAGGCAUUGUUAUUCAUUGUUCUUAACUGUGUACAUAUGGCAAAGGAUGCAUUCAUUCAUAUAUACUUACACCACAGUUUAUUGUUGUAACAUGAUUUUAUUUAGAGAUGUUCAUUUUGUUUUGUUAUUUAAGAGUUCUGUAGAAGAUACCAGUGGAACGCAGUCUUUGGCCGGGCUAUUAAAUAAAUGCAAAACUCCUCAAGGUCAAAGACUGGUGAACCAGUGGAUCAAACAACCUCUUAUGGACAAAAACAGGAUUGAGGAAAGGUAAGUGCUACAGUAUACGAUAAACAAUUGCAAUUUUAAAUAAGUCUGCUUUGAUGCAGUAUUCAGUGUGUGUGUGUGUGUGUGUAUUUGUAUUUUAAAGCUAAAAUAUUUAGACAACACUGGUGCAUUUACAUUUAGGCUCGCAAUCUCAAAUUCAAAUUUCGUGCACAAGCAUGUUCAGUAUGGUAAUUAACGUAACCCAGUGCUUGAGGUUACUAAGCCUGAAAGAUAACUAAAAUUUAAACAAAUAAGGUGCUUGGGGUGGGGUGUGAAGCAAGGAGUAUAUGCUGACAGUUGCUGCUUCUUUUUAAAGUCACAAUAAAGAUUGUGGUACAUAGUGGUACAUUUUGUGCCAUUACAGUUACUGCAGGAUUCUCUGCUCUACACCUGUGUGUUCCCUUCUGAAACUACUGUAUCUAUUGUAGUUUACUUUACUAUAUUGCCCUAUGAGGUUGUUUUUGUUUUCUUUUACAUGAAUACCCACUAAUUGGAGCCAACCCAUAUCCAUGCAUUUAUGUAUUUGCAUGUAAGUGAAGUGUGGCACUUUUCAGUUUUUUGCACAAAUAUUGCAGCACUUUAGAGCAUUGUGUUUGCACUGAUACACAUUUAUUAUUGCACCUUAUAAUAUAUGCAGUUUAGUAUAUUAUUUCAAUACGAUUUUUAUAAAAUAUUUUUUUUGCACACAAUGCAAAAAUAAGUCUUACAGGAACAGCGCACCUGAUUUGUUGUUUAUAUUUUGGUUAGUGUUAUUGAGCUUGUACACUGUGAGAGGUGCAGCUUCUUCAUAAGUUUCUUUGGUCUGUUUUUAGCACCACCUGUAGUUGUUGUUGUUUUUUUUAAUAAAAGAUAACUAAGCCGUACUCCAGAAUGUGGUGUAUGUGUUUUUUUUUUCUUUGUGGGGAAAAAGUUCUAGUUUCUUCGGUAUUGUCAGAGCGCACACUGAGCUUUAUUAUAAUUGUUAGACAUAUAUUUACUUUAUUAGUUCUAGUCUGACUGGCUUGAUACGUUGAAAUGUGGAUAAAAGUCUUAUUUAUUAUUUUUUUUUUUCUACGUGCUCUUAUGAUUUAGUCCUUGUAAAAUGUGACUUCCUUUUUACUGGAGGUAUAUAACUGUCUGCUUUUCUCUUUGUGAAGUUGGACUUUGUAACUUGAGGGUUUUGGCAGUUAGUUAUUUGCAUUCUGCCCUCUGUUGAUUUUUCAUUUUUGCUAUUUUUAAGUAGGAAUGGUGUGGUCCCAUAUUCCUUAAUACUUGCUUAUUUAAAAAAAUUGUAUUAUAAUUAUUAGUAGUUGUAAUUGAAUAGCAUCAGGGGCAUGAAAUUAAAAAUAAAAAUCUAUUUGUCCAAAGUGUUUGAGCCCAAUCUACGUGUUCUGACACAAAACAAAAUCAAGAGGUCCCAGUCUACAACAGACAGUCCUUCAACCUCACUGAUGUUUCCUUCAGAGGCAGGGCUAUAAGAAUAGAUAAACUGCUCGCCUGGCUUCCAAACUGCGUGUCCCAGGCAUCGGGCAAUACAAACUCUACAUACCUGAGUGCCACCAUAUUCUGCCACGCUUUACAAUUAUAGGUAGAGGUGAGGUAGGCUGUGCUCAAAUGAUCUGAGGAUUUGAGGUAGGUGUCUUCCCAGUCACACUUACUGGUAAGAUGGUCUGACAGGUAUUCAAACCUGGGUUUCCCACCUCUAAGUAACGUUACAACUGCUCAAACAUCCACAUUAAUCACAUUUUAUUGACUUGCAAUAUUUCCUCAACCUCGAUACUUUCACAGAUUGCUGGUUUGUGCCAAGCAGCCUGAUUCCUGCUCAUUUUACAUUUUCUGGUUCGUCUGCCAGUUGGCUUUCCUAUAGAGGAGGAUGUUUCACUAUGUAGUAAUUUGGUUCACUAUUACUGAACUUGGCUCAUGUUGUGGUAGUAGUUUACUUUUUUUUUUUUUUUUAAUCAGAUUUUUCACCAUAGAUACAUUGUACAAAAAAGUAUUAAAAAACAUUCAUCCACAUAAAAACAAACACAAAAAAGACAAGAACAAAUAAACUAUCCACCACCCCACGAGAGUUCUACUGACUUCCAACUUUAUCUUUUUCUUAUGGUGUUACUUUUACAAUUGUAAUAAUUUUUUCUCCCAAUUUUCCCAUAGGCUCAAAUCAUCAUUCAGAAGCUUGCAAUAAUCCUUCUCCAUUUUAAGUUGGUAAACCAACUGAGUUGUUAUUAAUUUGAUGUUAAAAGGGGAAUCUCCCUUCCAAUUUCUUGCUAUUAUUAUUUUACAAGCCAUUAGGCAAUGGAUAAUUAAAAAUUUAUUUAUUUUAUUCAAUUUUGGCCAUUUAUAAUGUAAUAACAUUAUUUCAGGUUUUAAAGACAUUUUGACAUCACACAGUAUAUGAAUGAUAAAUUGAGCCCACUGCCAUACAACAAUCACUUGCUUACAUGACCACCACAUAUGGAUAUAAUUUCCUUUUUCCUCUCUACAUUUCCAACACUUAGUGUCCCUAGAUACGUCAAAUUUAGCUAUUUUUGUUGGCGUCAUAUACCAUUGGUUAGCCAACUUAAAGUGUGUUUCUAUCAAUACAAGGGAGUGGACAUAUUUAUUAAUUUUUUGUGUCGUAGAUAGCCAUUCAGAUAAUUCUAUAUUUAUUUUUAAUUCAGUAUUCCAUUUUUUAAUAACACUCGGCGGGGCGGAAUCAUCCGUUAGAUCUAACAUUCUAACGCAUCUAGAGAACAGUUGCUUUGUCUUAUUCUGGUAUAAGAUUGUUUUUAAAAUAUCGUACAUCUUACCCUCUUUUACUAACUCAACUUUCUCCAAAUAAUGUUUUACUCUAAAAUAAGUAUAUAUAUCUUUAUCAGAGAUCCUAAACUCCUCAACCAACAUUUUAUAAGGUUUGAUUUUAUUUUCUUUGAUCAGAUCUUUUUAAAAUAUUUAUUCCUUUUUCUUUCCAUAGUUUUAAGGAGAUACUCUCCAUGUUUAAUUCUAUUAUUUCUAAAUUUUGAAAGUCAAAUAUCUUAUUUACCAGAUCAAUUUUUUUCCUUAUUUUUUGCCAUAUUGGAGUAAUCUGUCCUAAGAUGUACGGUCUAGAUAAAUUACAUUUAUUUGUAAUCCAGAAUAAUUCUAAAGUGUCUCUUAAUUGACUAGAGUCUAAUUCUGACCACCACCAUACUUCCUCUUUAUUUUGUUUUAUUUGACUAGCUAUAACAUGCGUAAUAAUUCCUGCUUCAUAAUAUUUUCUUAUAUUUGGAUAUCCUAGACCUCCCUUCUUUAUUCCUCUUGCUAGUACUCCAUUUUUAACUCUAGGUUUUUUCCCUCUCCAUACAAAAUCAGAAAAGGCCUUAUUGAUCAUUGUCAACCAUGCAUUCAGGAUUUCUAAUGGAAGCAUUAGUAGUUUACUAAGCAAGAUAAUACUUUCUGAUCUGAGUCUUUUCUGUCUCCUUCAUUCAAAUGUUUCUUUAUAUGCAAUGCUUGGUGAUGAUACCUGAUGCUUCUCCUAGAUUAAGCUCAUUCUUUUCUACUUGACAUACACUUCCUGUAGUGUGAGCCAAGCAAUUGGUGUCUGUCUCAAUGCUUCAAGUAUAUUGGGCAUUACAAGUGCAAUUACUUGGCCUUUGCAAUGGCAGUUUGCAACGAACUACUAAACUGUAGCUGAACCAGCUCAAAUAUCAAAGCAUGUGCAUUGCAUAUUCUCCUUUUGUCAGAUACAGUUUUUGUUGUGUCUAGGUCUGAUAAAUGUCUAUUGGAACAUUUGUAGAGCGUUUUUUUCCCUCUUUUCUCAAUGCCUAUCAUUGGAACUGUGCAUUUGUUUAUAUUUUUCAUUAACAUUAUGGGUUUGGUUCGCUGCUAAAACGGUUUGAUUUUAUAGGCUUUUGAUGUAUGUAAUCGGUCAAAGUUUCCAUUGUUAUUUACCUGUAUAUUGUAAAAUCUAGGCAGGGAGUGUGUUUGAUGUGUCCAACCUUUGUGUGUUUUUUUUUUUUCUUUUUUUUUUCCUCUUGCCUUGCCCAAGUUAAUUCUGGUUUUCCAUUUAACCCUACCGUAGACAUUUUAUUAUUAUAACGAUAUGGUUUCAUAACAGACCUUUGUAAAAUGGCUUAUCUGGAGCAAUGCCCUGACCACAGCCCUCUGUACUGGCUGAUAUCUCAUCAUUUAACAGUACAAUUUAUUUAUGAUGUAUUUGAGUGUUUUAUGUUUAUAACUAAGCUUUAAAAAAAUGGCCAGCUGUUGAUCUAUGAUAGAUAUAUCGGCAAAUGUGUGUUUUGGGUCCUCCGCCCCGUGCUUCACUGAAGAAGGAAUGGUGUCUCCUUCUCUUACCUUCUGCACUAUACAACAGCAUCUAUAGACUACCUUCAUGGCUGCAUUCUACAGGACAGUAAAAGACCUGCCACACUACAGGACUUCUUUGCAAGCAACAGGUUUUUUUUAUUUAUUUUUAAAUGGCAAAAUAAUGUGGUCUUUUCCAUCAUUUAACAUUUUUAAUAAACAAUGUGUUUGUGCCGUCAACAUCUAAUAGAAAUUCUUUAUUGAAUUUAGGGUAUGUGUCCUGAUCUUUCUUCAGGAAUUCCCUAUGCCUAACCUCAUUUAGCUUAUGUGUGUUGUGCAUUUUUACUUUCCACAUACACAGCAGUAUUGAAUAUUCUUUAAAUUAUUUUAAAUCUCAGCAAAAAGCAGUUUUCCAUUAUCUGAAUUUACAACCUUACCACUAUGUAAAUGUUCUAAACAUUUUGUUCUAAAUUGUUUAUACAUCUAAGAAUUAAUGGAUUUUAAUUUGAUCCCUUGGGUAUUUGAGGGAGUUAUUUUAUACAUUAUAGGGUUUCUCCAAGCAUCAUAACCACUAGGGAUGUGCAUGAUCCAAAAAUUUGAUUCGGGUAAGAAGAAAAAAUCGGCACUUCUGCAAUUCAGAAAAUCUGUAGAGCUCCCUACCCCAACCCUCACCUUAACCUUGGCAUUAUUCACAUAAUUUUCCCUCCCUCUCUUUUUGGCACUAAAUGUAUGUCAAGAAUAGCUGGGUUUUGGUUACUAUUUAAAAAAAAAAAUAUGAAUGAUUUCUUUGGAAGAACAAAAAUAAUCGUAAAAAUGUUAAAAAUUUAUUCCCCAACUACUGAAUUGUGGCUAUUUAAAAAACAAAAAAAACAAAAACCAAACAAAAAAACCCCCAAACAAACAAAAAACAAAUGGCUAAAUUUUGACUAAGUAGCCAAUAUGUCACUAUAGCUGAGAUCUUUCCUUUUCAAAUUGUAAUUUUUCUCCUAAAUUUUUUUCAAUUCAGUCUAGUGUAUUUUGAAUAAAUGCUAUAGCCUUUCAUUGGGUGAUAUCUCCUUUUAAAAUAUUAAAGUUUUUUCCAUGAUCUCUUGUAUAAGCUGCUCUGAAACUCCCCGUACUUUUGUUUGUGUUUUGGUUUCCUGUUGUUCCUGCUGCCUGGAGCCAUGAAUGUGUUAACUAGUUUCAACAGGUUCUUAAUUUCACAAUUCGAGUUCAUUGUGGGUGAGGCAGUUUCACUAUGGAUCGUACUGAAUAGCAACCAUUCACUCAUUCACAAACAGAAACACGGUCUCUGGAUUCACUUUAAAUAUCUCCACAUGUGACUUUUUUGGUGGCAGUAUAAUGGCUUCAUUAUAGCUUAAUGACCAAAUUUAUCACAGCACAGGGUAUGCUGCUGCAGAUGGGGGUAUCGUAGCAUACUCUGUACUGUAAUCCUGUGUCCUUACAAGGGGAUUCAGAUUGUUUAGUGUUGGAGAUAUCUCUUCUGGAUGCUGUAAAUUAUAAGUCUGGUCAUUAUCAGCAAUUCUCAAACCCCGCAGCAUUACUUGUUUAAUUAAAGUGGUUCCAUUGUUGAAGGAACAGUCCACACGCCUAAAGCACUUUAUCUUGUUGAAAGGCUUUCUAUGUGAAGUGUGACCCCCUAUUUUAUUUUCCAAAAAGUAAAAAUUUUAAUAGAAAUUGGCACUUUUUCUAAAUUAAUCUUAAAGAGGCAGCAAUUAUCCAGAGCACAUGCAUUGGGAAGUCUGUGAUUGGACAGAAACAAAGUCUGGGCGGGGUUAGAAGGAGAGGUUUUGCAAAGGUUGCAAAGGAGCUAUUUAGAAAAAAAACGCAUACUUUAAUCAAAUGAAUGCUUGUUUUCUUUGGGGGAUCUAUAAAAAAAACAAACAAACAAAAAAACCUCUUCCCAUUGGAGUGUUCCUUUAAUGGAGCUGUCAUGACAAGUCUCUAACUCCGUUUUAUUCAAACAUAAGUGAAGUAACUGAAAUAUAAACUUUGCUAAUAUAUCUGUACAUACCGGUACACUCUUUAACCCCUUAAGGACCGAUGACGGUUCAGGACCGUCAUCGUCAUUUUCACAUUGCCGACUGCUGACGGUCCUGAACCGUCCUAACGGUCUUAGCUACUUACCUGAUCGCCGUCGUUCCCCUGGCGGCGAUCGGUGUUGCUCCCGUUGUGGGGAGACUGCCUGCAGCCCAUACAGUCUCCCCACACUGGAUUAGGACCCCUGUGGUCAUGUGAUUGCUCAACACAGCGAUCACAUGGUCACAAUAGGUGUCCAUGUGUCUGCCUGCAGUGGAACUGUCUGUGCUGACAGGCAGUCUCCCUGCAACUGUAAAAUCAUAAAAAAAAAAUAAAAAAAAAAAAUAAAAAACAGUGUUAAUUAGGGAUUAUUCUAGCCCUGGUGACUGAAUAAUCUAAAUUUUAUUAACGACAGGAGGCGAAUAUUUGCUUAUCUUUCUUUACUGAACCUCCCAGUAGCAAAGAAAUGGUUAACAGUAAUGUAAAACAAAUUCAACCAAUCAGAGUGUAUAACAGUAGUAUAUGGUGUCAUGAAGCUCCUCCCAAAUCCUCUUUCUUGCUGUAGCCGACGGCACCCGAGUAUCAACCAUGUAAACCAAAAUAAUGAACUGUGGACUAAGCCGGAGUCCUGAUGCAGUCAACCAUGUAAACUUGCAGCGGGUUGAUAGGUCCAUAAAUCCCAAGCGUUGGGGUUCUUCACACUAAAGGGAAGUAGAGAAAAACUAUGAGAGUAUAGGCUCUUAUACUGAUUGAAUGCAAGUUUAUGGCAAGCAUACUGGGACUAACAAUCCCCAAACAUUUCAUGUGAAAUGAUAUAUUAAAUAUAUCAAAUGCCUGGUUAAAGUGUUGUGGUAUAAACCCAUGUCAGAUGAUGUGUGAGUAUGUCUGAAACAGAUCGACUAGGGACGAAUACCUAGCAACUUACCUUAGGGUGGGUAGAAAUAAUACUGAAGACAAGAAGGGAGGGAAAAUAUUCGCCUCCUGUCGUUAAUAAAAUUUAGAUUAUUCAGUCACCAGGGCUAGAAUAAUCCCUAAUUUUAUGGCAAGACUGGAGGCUUCAUAUUUGCUGUUUUAACGCUUCUAUAUUAUAGAAGAUGCAGCAUGUGGCAUAGGUUUGAAGUAGAAUGUACGAAAUGUAGACUCCCUGGACCAAUCUGCAGAUGCCAGAAUGUCCGAGAGGGAGCUACCCGCAUGAAUCGCUGAGGAUGCGGCUGCUCCUCUGACUGAAUGCGCCCCAAAAGAAGAGUCAAUGUCUGCUUGGGCUAGUAUCCAUCUGAUCCACCGCGCGACUGUGGGAGCGGACACCGGUUUGUGUGGUUUGACAUAGGACACGAGAAGGGGUCCUGUAGGGGGACGCAGAGUGGCUGUGGCAGCUAUAUAGUGCCUUAAGCAGAGCACCACACAGAGUGACUGUCUAGUCGGAAAGUAAGGGUAAAAAACGGCGGUAGAAUUGGUCUUUGUUCGCCUCGUGAUGUGAAAUUUGACGCCUUCCGGCAAGAAGGCUAUAGCAUGGGAAUCAAAUGCUCGAAUGUCGGAGACCCUACGGAAGGACACCAGACAUAAAAGUAAGGCGAGUUUGGCAGAGAGUUGACGUAACGUCAAAUUCUCAUUAGCGGGCCAGGAUUCUAAAAGGGAAAAAACCUGAGCGACAUCCCAGAAAUUGGAAUAUUUGGGAAGAGGGGGCCUGGCAAGCCUAAUCCCUCGUAAAAGUCUACAGACUGAAGGAUGUUUGCCUAUUGAUGUAUUGUCAAUAGGGUUGUGGACCGCAGAAAUAGCUGAUCUAAAAACAUUAAUUGAUCUAUAGGACUUGCCUUGAUCAAAUAGGGUAGACAGAAAGUUUAGGAUAAUCGUCAGAGGUGCUGAAAAGGGAUCGGUAUCCCUUUCCAAACACCAGCUGACCCAUGUUUGCCAUGCAGCGAGGUAAGCACGUCUAGUGCCUGGGGCCCAGGAGUCCCAUAGGAGAGUCUGAGCUGUCUCCGAAAGUCCCGAGACAUUCCAGGAUCCCCUGAAACGGUCCAAGCUACAAGCUGGAGUCGCCCUUGAAGGGCGAGUGGGUGACCGUGCCCUGCUGGAUUCUUGAGGAUGUCGGGGGAUCGAGGUAAUAGAAUUGGGCAAUUCACAGACAUUUCUAGCAGAGGCUCUCCAUAACGGAGUGACAAUAACUAUUGUCACUACUAGAGCUUUGACCCGGUAAAGGGUGCGUUGGAUCAUGGAGAAAGGCGGGAAAGCAUAAGCUCCCUUCUCUGGCCAAGGGUGUAGAAAGGCAUCGACUGCCCAGGACAGGGGAUCUGGAAGCCAGCUGAUAAAAGCCUCCGUCUGGCGAUUCAGCCGAGAUGCAAACAGGUCCAAUGUGAGGGGCCCGCGAAGACAAAGAAUUUGAUAAAACAAGCGGGGGUCCAAUUGCCAGUCGCUUACAUCCCUCCAAUGGCGAGAGAACCAGUCUGCGACUAGGUUGUCUGUGCCUGGGAGAUAUUCCGCUCUGAUGGCUAAAUUCCGCUCUAGGCAGAAUUGGUAAAGUUCCUUGGUAAGGUCGGACAGUAGUUUGGAUCGGGAACCUCCUAACCGAUUCACAUAACGCACUGCAGAGACGUUGUCCAUGCGUAGUACUAGUGAACAAUUGAAACAAUCUUUUGCGAAACUGCGAAUCGCAAAAGAUCCCGCAAUCAAUUCUAGGCAAUUGAUGUGCAGUGCUCGUUCGGAGGGGGACCAUAGUCCCCCAGUGGACCUGUUGGCGCACGUGGCGCCCCAUCCCAGGAGACUGGCAUCGGAUUCCAGAAUGAAGUCUGGUUGCGAUCCGAAAAUGGCUUUGCCUUUCCAGGCUUCCAUGUUGUGAAGCCACCAAUGAAGUUCUAUCCGAACCUCGUCUGUGAGGUAGAUGGGUUGGUCGUAGGAAGUGGAACGGUGUAGGUAGUAUGUCUUGAGCCGUUGCAUGGCUCGGUAAUGCAGAGGUCCCGGGUAAAUGGCUUGAAUAGAGGAGGACAGUAGGCCUAUAGUAUGGACCAGAUCGCGUAGACGAAUCUGGUGGGCUGAUAGCAAUUUGCGAAUGUCUUUUUUUUUUUUUUUUAUAGAUUUGACCUUUACGGAGGGUAGUUGUAAAAUCGCCUGUACGGAGUCUAUCAGAAAUCCAAGAAACUGAACCUUCUGAGACGGGUUCAGUGCUGAUUUCUGGAAAUUGAUCACAAACCCAAGGUUUUGUAGUAAGGCCGUUGUCAUGUCUGUGUUUGCGUAAAAGAUUUGAGUCUUGAGCCAUUAUCAGGAUGUCGUCCAAAUAUAUAAUGGACCGAAUCCCCUGUGAUCGGAGCAAUGCCAUCACUGGUUUCAUCAGUUUUGUGAAGCACCAUGGUGCGGAACGAAGACCGAACGGCAGGCAUGUGAACUGCCAGAUUUCUUCCUGCCAGAGAAACUGGAGGAAGGCCCGAUGGUUGCGGGCAACCGGGACUGUGAGAUAUGCGUCUUUGAGAUCGAAUCUGGAGAACCAAUCUCCCACGCAAAGGAGGUCCCUGAGUAGAUGGAUGCCCUCCAUCUUGAAAUGACGAUACCUGACAAAGUGAUCCAGGUCUUUCAAAUUGCUAAUUAGAUGUAAAUCUCCUGUUUUUUUUGUGGACCAGGAAAAUGUUGCUGAGAAAGGUAUGUGGGAACGGGGAUUUCUCUAUUGCCCCUUUUUUUUUAGUAAUUUGUGCAACUCUGUUUGCAGUGUCAGGUUGUCUGAUGCAGACAUCUGCAUUGGCGUAGGUGGUGUGUCUUGGAAGGGAGUGGAAAGAAAAUCUAUUGUGAACCCCUGGACUGUGUGUAGGAUCCAUAUGUCUUGUGAAAGCAGUUCCCACUGUUGGAAAAAAUGGGUUAAACGGCCUGCAAUAGGUACCUUUGAAAAAGGAAGGUUUAUUACCUGAAGCAGUGCGUCCGCGUAAGGAGGCAGAUCCACGUCCCCGGAUAGAUCCUCUAUUGGAGAAUAACUGCCUGUGGUAGGGUCGGGGUUGUCCCGAGUGACAAUUUUCUGAAGGGCGAGGCCUGUAGCCUGUGAAGGCAAUUCUGCUGUUCGUUCGGCCUCGAAAACGUCCAGCUCUCCCAGAAAAACGACCUGACUGGGAACGAAAAACCCUGCGCAAGGAGGAUUGGGCCUUAUUUAGGGUAGUGAAUACCGCUACAUGUUUGGAGAGAUCCCUCAUAAAUGAAUCGCCAAACAGACCAUUGGCCUCAGGUCCCAGUUCUCGGGAGCUCAGAUCAGCUAAUUUAGCAUCUAAUUUGUACAAUGCCGCCCUGCGUCUCUCAGUGGACAUAGCCACGUUUGCGUUGCCUAGGAAACACAGGGCUCUCUGGGCCCACUCUCUGACUGUGUUGGGGUCAAAUUCGCCAUUAGUUAUGGCUUCGUCUGCCAGUAUAAAAAUUUGAAUGAUUGGACCAGCAAUGUCCAGGAGUUUAUCUUGGGCCGUCUUAAGACCCUGCUCAAUGCCUUUGCGGGGAUCUUUCCCCGUCUUAGUGAGGAAUGUUACAAAUAGAGGGUCAAACUCUGGUGUGAGGACCACCUUGUUUGGAAUGGUUGGUCGAGGGCACUCGGCUCUGAGUUUCGCCCUGAUGUCUUUCAAGUGGUUUACGUAACCACAUUCUGCAAAAGUUAGAAAUGUGGUCCGGUGGGGCCCAUUCGGCCGACAGUGGAUGCUUAAUGACCCUGGGGUUGAAAAAAGGGACACCCGAAGCAUCCAGAAGAAUGUCUGAAUCGGGUCCCUUCUGCAUAUUAACUUUUGCAUCUGAUUCUUUAUGUGAGAUGAAAGUCUCCUUGACAAACUCUGAUGGGGAAUCCCCUAGCACAUUCGCCAAAGGGUCCUCAUCAGAAUAAUCAAGGCAAUAAUCUUCAACCCUAUCGCCCGUGUGGGAAGUAGAGCCCUCUAAGGGGUCGGAGAUGGCGUGGGCGGGUUGAGUGGCAGUCAAUUUUUGUGACUUGGCAGGAGCCUUGCCCGCAGACCUACUAUCCUCUUUCCGAGGGUGCUUACGUGUGGUUUCCUGAUCCGAGGGUUGAGAAUCCUCGGAGUCAGAAUGCAAGCGUGCGGUAGUAUUGACUUUGGCAGAAGUCUUCUCAUGAAAGGCAGCUAACGCCUUGGGAAUGGAUUCGGCAAUGGUUGAGACCAGCCAAUCUCUAAGUUCUUGGGAGAUUGCGGGCUCCGUGUUAUCAGACAUGAUAUGUUCUAAGUGGUUUGACUGGUAGUCAAUUGCUAAAGAAUAGGUAAUAAGUGGGGUUCACCCAAUAGUAUCAAAUUAAGUUUUAUAAAUGGGGGUCACCCGAAUUAUUUUGUAGAUAAUAAAGGGCGGCAUACAAAAUUUAGUGGGGUAACCACUAAAAUAGACAAGUGGAUUGUACCACUAUAACAGUGAGUGGGAUUCGUCACUCAAUUUACUUAGACAGAUGGUUAUGUCUUGAAAUAUAUGGGAUCACUUUGUGUUUCCACUUUGUGUUUCCUUAUGUGUAGAAGUGGGGUUAGCCCACUGUAAAGGUGGUGUAUGGGCACCUAUUAUAACUGAAGAGUGAAUAAAAGGUGGGGGUCACCCACAAUAAGCACUCAUUAAGUAAAUUGAGGGAUAAUAAAGGUGGGGGUCUCCCACAAGGCCUUCUUUAUUAGCAAAAAUUACAACAGGAUUUUUUUCAACUGACAGCCUGUUAAAGGAAAAAAAGAAAUAAGCAAAAUAAAUAAUUGAAAUAGAGGAGUAGCACUUUAAGGGUGCUAUGCAACGUAAAAACAAAGUACUUACCGGAUCCAACGUUAGAAACGAAGUAAUACCGCGAUCUAAGAUGGCCGCCGCUGCAAAGGGCGGGAAGACGCGCGUCUGUAUGAGUGACAGACGCGGGAGGGCGGGUAGGCGAAAUAGUGAGCCGCGGACUCCUGGGAAAUGGAGUUUGCGUCACUGAAUGAAGCAGAGGCUUAAUGCUUCAGUCACCGUAGAAUCGCGGGAAAACCCCGCGACCACAAAUGUAACAUAGGUGUAGGCACAAGACCAGUGGAAAAGGUCGCGGAGGCAAGCCUCUGGCAAAUUAGAGACAUGAAUGAUAAAUAAAAUAUAAAAAAAUUAUUCAUCAUAACAUAAUUGUAAGCAUUGGUUUGAUGAAAGAAAUGUGAAGAGAAAUUAUAGGGACUUGAGUGAUGGUUAGUGUUGGUUACCAGAGAAAAAAUUUGUUCAAUAUGUGAACAUGAAUGUAUGAUGCUAAAACUAAAAUUUGUACCAAAGAAAAUAUUCAAAUAUUGUAUUAUAGGCAGAAUGAUAUAGCUGUAUAAUUGGAAUAGACUCACCUGGGAGGCAAGCAGCAAAGAAAGAGGAUUUGGGAGGAGCUUCAUGACACCAUAUACUACUGUUAUACACUCUGGUUGAAUUUGUUUUACAUUACUGUUAACCAUUUCUUUGCUGCUGGGAGGUUCAGUAAAGAAAGAUAAGCAAAUAUGAAGCCUCCUGUCUUGCCGUAAAAUUAAAAUAGUAUUGUUAACCUCUGACUUGGAAGUGAAAUGAGUUGCAUUUCUUCUAUCCCAUAAAGUGAAUUUAUUUUUACCUUUAAUUUAAAAAUACUAUUAAAAGUGACUCUUCUUUGAACAUUUAUUUUAAAGUUUAAAUGGGACACUAUAGUACACAAAAAACUUUACUCAGAUAACACAGUUUUGGUGCUUUAAUCAUGCCCAUGCAGUCUCACUGGUCAAUUUUCUGCCCUUUAGUAGUUAAAUCACUUUAUCUAUGCAUCCCUCGUCACAUCCCCCUGCAUAUGACUUAAAACGCUUUCCUAAACGCUUCCUGAAAAGUGAGAUCUAAUAUGUAGACUUCCUUUAUUGCACAGUCUGUUUAAUUUAGACUUUCUUAUAUCCUUCACUACUAAUAGCAUGCUAGAUCUUGCAGGAGCCUCGUGUGUGUGAUUAAAGUUCAAUUUACAGAGCAGGCGAUAAAAACGUAAAAGUAAGUUAACAGCUGAUUGAACAUUAAAGCAUUUGUGUUUUUUUAAUGCAGACUGUGUCUGUUGCAACCAGGGUAGGUGUGGCUGGGGGUGCAUGGGUAGAAACAAAAGCGUUUAAAGGGGACACUGUAGAGGCACCCUGACCACUUCAGCUCAUUGAAGUGGCCUGGGUGCAGCAUCCCUAUUGCACUUAGUGCAUCCAUACAGACCUUUAGUCCGGUAUCUGACGCUGGAUGUCCUCACGCUCUGCAUGAGGACAUUCAGCGUCCAAUCUUUUCCCCAUAGAAAAAAGUGAUUCAGUGCUUUCCUGCAGGAUGGCCUAAUGCGUGCACGGCAUUUGCCACGCAUGCACAUUAGCGAUUGCUCGUCGUGGGGGAGGGGAGGCAGAGGGAGCUAUAGAGCCAGAAAUAAAGCUUUGUAUUCCUGGUGCCUAUAGUAUCCCUUUAAGUAUUUGUAUUUGAAGUGAAAGGCAGACACUGUACACUGCUGUGUAUGUACUGUACUGCUUCUGAGUCAACUGGUAGAUUAGAAUUAACGUGUUUUGAGCUUUCUCCAGAACUCUGCAUGUACAGAUAGGUCUAUCUAGCACUUGCUGUUAUAGAUCAAUAUGCUCUGCUUGAAUAAUACACAGGUGAAGGGACCUACCCUAACAAUCUCCUUUAACCCCUUAAGGACACAUGACAUGUGACAUGUCAUGAUUCCCUUUUAUUCCAGAAGUUUGGUCCUUUAGGGGUUAAUCAAUUCUUGUUGUGUGACAAGUAGAAAUAUGAUCCUGAAUUUACUUGGAUGUAACAUGAUCCCAUCAUUGCCCAAGGAUCUAUGCCUUCUGUUGUUUGUGUCUGUCAUGGGAAAUAGUUCUGUUUGGCUGAACAAUCAACUUUCCCCCUUUUUUUUUUUUUUUCUUUCUCCCUCUCUCCUUGCUGUUGGUAAACAAUUAACGGAGAAUAUGGUAAAAAAAAAAGUUAUAAACAAUUCAGUUACAGAGCAGUGACAUAUAUAUUUCCAAAAAUGCUUUUCUGAUACAUGUUCUCCUUAUAUCUAUGUACUGCCAUGUUCCUAUCUUGUGCAAUAAGCAAAGUGGCAUGAGAGUGAAAUUAGUUAAUUUAAUUAGGAUAAGAUGAGGUAAUAUUUCUGAUUUGGUUCAGUAUUGGAAUGUCCACUCCUUUAUCCUUUAAAGUUUGCAAAGUUAAGUUCCAGUAUUUCUCUCACAAACUCUCAGCCGUGUUUUAUGGUUGCAGUGAUACUUGGAAUGCAGGGUUUAGAUUUUGUUAGCUGUGAAGUGUCUACUUUAAAAUGCAUAAAAAAAGGCAGAAACAUUUUAUUUGAAUCUAAAACAUUAUUUUUCUUGUUGCCACAUGGUGUCGCUCUAGUUCCAUCUUGCUUUAGUUUUCUAUUUGACAUUAACAUUGUAAUUUGUAGAUCAUUCUGUUCUGAGGAUAGACAAAAAUAUUUGUUUUUUUUUGUGUCUGUGUCUAUAAUUUUGCAGUGAUUGCAAGAUGCUUUUGGUUUGCUGUCCUUUUCAGUUCAUAAUGCCCUAGGUAUUUACUAAAAUUGCUGAAGCUAAAUACACACCUUGUCUCUGUACUUCUGUUAACCCCAUAUAAGAUCAGGUCAAUAUCACACAUUUAGACCCUUGGCUUUUUUUUAUGAGACAACAUGCACACACAAGCAUUGAUUCCUGGGAAAAAGCAGAGAUUUCUGAGAAGUAAAUUGCCCCAUAGAUUUUCUCUGGGAGAGUAUAUGGCUUCUCUUCCUGACCCACUGGUGUAUAUGUAUGUAUAUAUGUGUAUGUGUGUGUAUAUAUAUAUAAAAAAAAAAAAUUAUAAUUCAAAGCACUCACAUGAACAACGUGGCGACUGUAAGUCUGUCAUGUGAAACAUUUUCUUUUAGUGAGAAGAUGUUAGCUCUUUGGUGCAUAAGUGUGUAAAGUAUUGUAUGUACUAUGUUAAAUCAGAAAUAGAAAGCCAGGAUUGGCUUUGGGGUCCCUGCAAGCAUUAUAUGUGUGUAUAUGUGUGUGUGUGUGUGUGUGUGUGUGUAUGUGUGUAUAUAUAUAUAUAUAUAUAUAUAUAUAUAUAUAUAUAUUUAUAUUUAUAUAUAUAUAUAUAUAUAUAUAUAUAUAUAUUUAUAUAUAUAUUUAUAUAUAUAUAUAUAUUUAUUUUAAACACACUUUGAAUCAGUUUAAGAAGGGAAGGGGGGUCGCUAAUGCGCUGAGCAUUGCUGCAAUGCUUUCCUAUAGGGAUUUUACUGAUGCUAGAUGUCCUAAUGCUGAGUGCGAGGAUGUCCAGUGUCAGUCGAUUAUCAAGCAGGAAGUGCCUCUAGUGGCUGUUUGAUUGCAAUCUUAGUACUGCUGUGUGAUUAUUGUAGAUUCUCAAAAACUGCAGUGAUUUAAAAUGCAGUGCUAAGUGAGACUGGGACAUUGCACCUAGAUCACUUUAAUGAGAUGAAGUGGUCUGGGUGCCUAUAGUGUCCCCUGAACUGCCCUUGCAAAGUGACAUUAACUUGCUGUCUAUUGAGUCCGUUGUUCACAUACAUCUAUUAAGGUGGGGAGUCGUGAUUCUAUCAAACUACUAUAAAAUCGAUUCUAUCAAACUACUACCACCUCCCCAGCCUCUCCCUCUAUCUCGACAUUAUAACAGAAGCUUUAAAAUUUUAUCUGAACGUGUAAUUAAAAUGAGCAACAGUGUUAUUUUGAUCCAAAUAAAAUUCAUCCUUGUUCAGACCCACGAAUGCAAAAUAAAAUUAUUUGCAUAAUUAGCAUAAUUUUACAUUUUUUCAGACUUUAGAAAACUGCUACCCUCCUCUGUGGUUCUGCCAAAAAAAAUCAGGUUUUGUCUCUCUCCAAAAUGAGUUUGCAAUUUUUACAAAUAUGUUCACUCUUGUAAACAUGAUUACCAUAUUGGUUAUCCCUCUGCCCUACCCCAAGGGGAGACUCCUUCCUUUAUAAUAUUUCCAUAUGUAAUCUUUCCUCUUUACCUACUUUGGAAUUGUGUUGACUUCAUGGUUAUUCUGUUUACUAGAAAUCCAUUCUUUAAUUUGACUGCAGCAAUCCUACUUUCCCUAUCGCUGCAAUGCAGUGUGUGUAAUGGUGUUUAGUGUUUAAUAGAACGCCUGCUUCUAUGUGAAAAUAAAUGACAUGAUCAGGGCUGUUUACAGUUUGUGUUUUUUAUAGUGUUUUCUUGUGCUUAGAAAUCACCUUUUUAUUGUGUACUGUUAGAGCCAUGGAAACACUCAAUGCUGUACACUUGACAGGAGAAGCAGAGUGAAAUCUUAUAUUAUACGGUUACAUGUAUAAUUUUCUUUAUGUAUGGUAUAUCCGAUUUCUGUCAAAUUUCCUACUCUCUGGAGUUUACAUAAACCACAGGUUUCAAAUUCACAGUUUAAUCUUUUUUUUAAAUUUUUUAAUUUUUUUUUUUGGGCUUACCUUUCGACCACCUUAAUAAGUAGAACAUUGAUUGGAUGACCAUUGGCAUGCGAAAUAGCUUUCUAAGCAUUAUGGUAAAAGUAGUUCACAACCGCUCGAGUAUGGAGUCCAAGGCUAUUGAUUUACUCGAAAUAACCACCAUACAUAACCAACAACUGUGUGAUUUUGUUAAAGAACGUGACUCUAGAUCCCGGAAUGUCUGUUUUUGAUACUGAGCAAUAAAUAAAACGGUUACAUAUUCUGAGUGUGUGCUUGUCAUGAGUAAGGGUUUACACUGCCCAAGCUGUGAGCAGGGAAGAUGACUCUUUCAAACCUUACCCCUAGAUUAAACCUGGUGGAAGCAUUUGUGGCAGAUGCUGAAUUGCGUCAGUCUCUUCAGGAGGACCUAUUGCGCCGAUUCCCAGAUUUUAAUCGUCUAGGAAAGAAAUUCCAGAGACAGACUGCGAACCUGCAGGACUGCUACCGACUGUACCAGGCUGUUAACCAACUGUCUAGUGUCGUUCAAGCAAUAGAGAGAUAUGAAGGUAAAACUUCAGUUACAAUUGUGAAUCGUGCUCUUUAAACAUGUUCCAUCAGAACAGGGGCCUCUAUCAUGGUGCUCACCCUAUGUUGCAAAGUGCAACAAGAAAGGUGUCAAAUCAAAGAAAUGCACAACUAGGAGUUAAAUUUCACUGCAGUAGGCUAAAAUAAACUUCUCAAUCAAUAUUUUGAAAGAUAUAAUACUUUAAAAAAUGAUUUUUUUUAAAAUUUUUAUUUAUUUUUGUUAUAUUUUUUUGAUGUAUACCAAUCUUUAUAUGUAAGUAUAUUGAUUAAAGCUCUUGCUGUAGUCUAGACGUUGCAUUUUGUUUGUCUUAGUUCUCAUUUGUGAUUAUUUGAAAAUGGUGUUUAACAUCUUUAAAGGGUUUAUAACACAUAUUCCAUUAGGAAGAGCGAUAUCUUUUGGAAACGAAGGCACAGGGCAUUCAUCAUGGACUAGAGUGGCCUAGUGACAAUGCUCAAUGCCUUUUCUAAUAUAGGCAGCAGUCCUAGUAUAAUAUCAAUGUAUACUGUCCUGCCCUUGGCUUUUCCAUGUCCUCCAAUUUCAUUUUGUGAAAAUAAUUUUCCACUUGUCCUGUUUUAUUCAGCCUUGAUGUUAACUCUUCCAAUUGUUUUCCAGUUUCAUGGUUUUAUAUUAAAAUAGCGUUUUUAGUUCUAAUUUAUUUGUACUAAAUCUUUUUUUUUUUUUUUUUAAAGAUUACAUAAUGAAACAAAAUUUUUUUUUAUUAAGUGAUGCAUAUUUUCACUUUUAAAUCUGGCUGAGAAGUCAUGUCAGGUCUACUGUUAUCUAACCAACUGCUGCUUGACUUAACUUGUCUUCUUCUGCAGGUGAUCCUAGAAGCGGGAAAGUUAGGUUGAGCAACAGUCGGUCAGAUAACCGCAGACUCUUACCCGAUUUGGCUGCUUAGUCAGAUAAAAAGUUAAAUAUUCUAUAAAAAGAUCAAUUAUACAUAAUUAAAAAAAAAAAAAAAAAAAAUUGUUUUUAUGAAAUAAACUUCAGAAGUGUGACUUUGAUGACCAUUGUCCUUUAAAGGGAUGGGUAUAUAUUCCAUAAAUUACCUUUUGCUUUUUAAUUUUAUCCCUGUCCCUGCAUUCUUGUAAUUCUAGUUGCAGAACAUUUUUAAAAAAUAGCCACAUCUGGUUUUGUACGGCUUGUGCAUGCUGCAAGUGUUUUAACCCCUUAAGGACACAUGACGUGUGACAUGUCAUGAUUCUCUUUUAUUCCAGAAGUUUUGUUCUUAAGGGGUUAAAUAACUUAUCUGGACUUUCAUUUUAAUGUUACUUUCUUCUAGUUUACAGAUAAAUCGUUUUACUUUUCUGUUUAAGGUAACAUUUACUGCUUUGUCUUGUCUCUUGGCCUUGUUUAUUACAUUUAAAGGACCACUAUAGUGCCAGGAAAACAUACUCGUUUUCCUGGCACUAUAGUGCCCUGAGGGUGCGCCCACCCUCAGGGUCCCCCUCCCGCCCGGCUCUGGAAGGGGGAAAGGGGUAAAAACGUACCUUUUUCCAGCGCUGGGCGGGGAGCUCUCCUCCUCCGAUCCUCCUUCUCUCCUCCCCGUCGGCUGAAUGCACACGCGCGGCAAGAGCUGCGCGCAUUCAGCCGGUCGCAUAGGAAAGCAUUAUCAAUGCUUUCCUAUGGACGCUGGCGUGCUCUCACUGUGAAAAUCACAGUGAGAAGCACGCAAGCGCCUCUAGCGGCUGUCAGUGAGACAGCCGUUAGAGGGAAUGGGGGAAGGCCUAACCCAUUCAUAAACAUAGCAGUUUCAGAGAAACUGCUAUGUCUAUAAAAAAAAAUGGGUUAACCCUAGCUGGACCAGGCACCCAGACCACUUCAUUAAGCUGAAGUGGUCUGGGUGCCUAGAGUGGUCCUUUAAGAUUCAUAAUAGUGUUUUUAUUUGGUUCUGUAUGUGCUACAAAGACAAUUCCAUACAUUUUACAUAUAAAUAAGGUAAUUUUCCAUCUUUAAUCAACAUCCGUACACAAUUUACUGUUGAACUAUACAUGGAAAUUCUGAUAAUAGUAAUUAUGUUUGUAGAUGUUUCUAUCACUGCUAUGGGGACACUGCUGGUUUCUAGGAAUUUACUGAAGCCAGAGGUGAGCUCUGGGUCAGACCUAGACCGUCACUCUGGACCUUCUCUGCACUAAAGACGAAUUGUCUGCUAAACAUCCUAUCUUAUAGUUUCCCAUAAUUCCUUUACAGUCUGCCAUUGCACGAUUACUAAUUUAUAUACACAUUACAUUAAUAUUAGAAGACUGAUAACUCCAAUGUUGAAAUGUCUUUAAUGUGAUAACAAAAAGAUUAAGGGGCCUCUAUUGCAUGUUGAUGUGAUUUUUGUUUAUUUUAGGGUCCCACCAAAUGCUUCUGUUGGCGAUCUUUGUUACUCCUCUUUCCGAUCUAUCUACUGACUUUGCAAAAUUUCAAGAAAUGAUUGAAACUACUUUGGACAUGGACCAGGUAUGUAUUAAAUGUCCUUUUUAUCUGCUAUUAUUCACAUUGUUUAACUUCUUAAGAACUAAAUAUUACAUUUUAAUAAUCACAAUCAGGUCAUAUUAUUUCCUCUUAUUUAGCUUUUGAGACUUUAUAUAGCACUCUAGUCAUUAAAUUGGUGCUUUUUUUUUUUUUGCUGGACUAACUUUCAUUAUUUCCCGUGCCAAUCUAGUUCUCACACUAACACAUGGGCCCUUGAAUUUUUGAUUCCCAGGUACACUGUCAAAACACAUUUUUACAGCUACGCAUACACAUUUACAGAUAUGCGCACACACAGUUACUCUCCUAGACACAAUUUUACAGCUAUACACCUGCAUUUGCAUGCAAAAGGUGUGAUGCUGCAAGCUCGAUUACAGAGCCAGUAUUUACAUAUAGGCUCCUUUUAAAUGUGUUUUACUUCACCACCACUUAUUUUAUCUUAUCCUACGUACCAUUUGCACUAUAUUGUAUUUUUUUAUCUUUUAUGUACUCCAAGCCAUGAUUGGCACCAGGUUACGUGUGGUAAGCUUACCUAAUUUUUGGUCAUAAUUAUUUGCGCUCCACUUAAAGGAUCACUAUAGGGUCAGGAACACAAAUAUGUAUUCCUGACCCUAUAGUGUUAAAACCACCAUCUAGACCCCCUGGGCCCCUCAUGCCUCCAUAAAGAUGGCAAAAUCUUACGUUGUUCAAGCCUGAAGCUGUAAUUCUGCAUGCUGUUUGCCUCAGAAAAACAAGCUGUUUGCUGACAUCAUCAGAAGUGGUAGCCUGAUCCAAUCACAGUGCUUCUCCAUAGGAUUGGCUGAGACUGACAGAGGCAGAACAGGGGCAGAGCCAGCACAAUUCAAACACAGCCCUGGCCAAUCAGCAUCUCCUCAUAGAGAUGAAUUGAAUCAAUGCAUCUCUAUGAGGAAAGUUCAGUGUCUGCAUGCAGAGGGAGGAGAUACUGAAUGUUUGGAUGCAUUUUAAGCAGCCAUGACCCAGGAAGGAUCUCUAACAGUCAUCUAAGGAGUGGCCAGUGAAGUUACCACUAGGCUGUAAUGUAAACACACCAAGAAAUACAAUAUGUGUGGGAUUCAGCUGAUGAAUCUAAAAUCAAAUCAAAUAAAACAUAGCAUAAUACAGUUUUAGAAAUGUAAUAUUUCCUGCUAUAGAUUGCAAUCACAGGAUGUUGAAAGUAUAUGUGCUCUAUUGGUGCCUCCCCCGAUGUUUUGGGGGGCUAGUGUCUCUCUCUUAGGAUCAAAUAUCACCCGGUAUAAGGAACCAUGCAGGACUCCGACAGGUAGAUAAGUAAAAAGGAGGUUUAUUGGUUAUAAAAAGGAUUGGUCUUACGCGUUUCGUCCACCAGGGAACUUCCUCAGAGACCAGUAUACAAUAAAACAGUGAGUAUAGUAUAUAAUGCUCCCAAACAAAUACUGAUAAGUAUUUAAUUUUGUUGUGCUUGUAAUGUAAACACUGCAUUUUCUCUGAAAAUAGUGUUCACAGCAAAAAGCCUGAAGGUAAUGAUUCUACUCACCAAAACAAAUUCAAUAAGCUGUAGUUGUUCUGGUGACUAUAGUGUCCCUUUAAAGAUGUAGGUUUUUACUUAUACCACUCUAUAGAACAUGCAUUUGCAUGCACACUCACAAAAAGACUCACACAAGAUAUUCUGCAUAUUUAAGGGAGGGGUGGAGGGAAAUUACAUAACUUCUUUGGUGCAGUCAUAUGAGGGGGACAGUAAACUGAGCUGGUCUGUUCAGGACCUGGGACAGCAUGGUUGCUAAUUGCGGUUUGUUCCUAUUGUUCAGUUGAGCCCCUGGACAAAGUAUGAUCAUUCAUGCCCUGAUGACCACCUUGGUUAUAACACCUUAAAACAUUCUGUGGGGUUUAUAAAAAGCACGUUAAUACACUGUCGUAUGCUGUGGUUCCAUAUUUAGCAUGCUGGAAAGCGUUGUUGUUACACAUAAGGAGGUAACAUGCAGUUGGAGAGGUGCUAAUUUGGGGGUUAAAACCUCCGUGGAGGUAUUCUGUACUAAUAAAGUGAAAAAAAUACCUCCUAUGGUAAGACUUGUUGGGCCUUUUGUUUUUGAUUUGCUAUUAAAGUAUUUGUUUUCCAUAUUAUAUUUAGAUUGGGAGGAGACUUAAAACUGCAUGCAGAGGAGAAAAUGAUAGUGUUAGAAUAGAAAUACAUGUUUGUUUAAAAUGUAUUUCACAUUUUAAUUUCAAUUCACAUGUAUGAAGUGAAUGUUAAUCUGUUUCUUAGUAGUCAACCCAUUUGGUAUUCUAAAUAGUAAAACAUUCUCUAUCCUGCACCUCCCUUCCCACUAAAAAAAAAAAUUGCACUGACAUGCUAUAAAAUACGCAUUUUUUUAUCUUAUCCACAUACCAUCUUUGAUUAAUUUUGCUGAGCAAGUAAAAUCUAAAUUCAAAGUUUGCAAAUGUAAAAUAAAAAGUGUGACUUUCUAAUUUGAAAGAUUUACAUUGUAAUUUUUUUAAUACAAGGUGGCAGAAUACAUAUUUUUCUCUUAAUGCUUUCAACAUCUCGUAUAGAUGUAGAUUAUAAAUGUUUCUCAACUCCAGUUUGUAGUUACACAGCUUUGCUUUUAACAAAAACAGACUGCGUUACACUUCAUUACUUUUUUCACACCAUUUAGUCUCACAGAUCAGAAUACAAUUCUAUUUUUAUUCCUUUUCAGCACUAUGUUUGCAGUGUGCAUUGUUGUGUUUUAUUCAGUACAAACAUUGCAUUCUACCUUCACCAAACUGUGCGUGAGUCUGGAACAAAACUUGGAAUUAUGUUGAAAACAAAUUGGCAUUUACAAAAUAAAUGGAAGGGUUAUGCACCACUAAAAACACUGCUGUUUUAUUACUCUGCUGAAGUUCAUUUUAAUUUUACCUGCUGACAGAAAACAAUCCUUAUUUAUUACCCUUUUCUCUCUUCUUGGUAAUUCUGGUCUCCUAUUGCUUCGCUUUACGAUGGAUUACAAGUGAUAGUGAAACCUAUUCAGUAUUAUAAAUAUAUUUACCCUCUUAGAAUUUGUUAAUUUAGACAAUCUCAGGCAACCAGCAAAUGCUUUUUUUUGGCUUUUAUAUAUUGAAAACUACAUACAAAUACCAUCAGUAAUAUCGAUUGCAGCAGGAGAGGUAAAAUUCUAAGUAUAUAUUUAAUUUUACACUGUUUAAUUUUAUUUCCGGGCAGCAGGGGGAGUACCUGGCAUUACCCCUGUUGGCAUUUCCUUGGACGGCUAUGCCGUCCAUGUGAUCGCGGGGUCCUCGCGAUCACAUGGCCAUGGGGGGCCGAAGAGGAUGGAGGGGGACUCCCUGGGCUCCAGGUAAGUCCCCAUACCACGAUCGCCGGCGUGGGAUCGCCAGCGACCGGGUAAGUACAAAAGAUCGCAGGGCGUUCUAUGCCGCCUUGCGGCGUUUAGAGCCAUCUAAAUAAGGAUGGCAUAGAACGCCCUGCCGUCUUAAGGGGUUAAAGGACCACUAUAGUGCCAGGAAAACAUACCCUCAGGGGUCUCAUUGACAGCCACUAGAGGCGCUUGCGUGCUUCUCACUGUGAUUUUCACAGUGAGAGCACGCCAGCGUCCAUAGGAAAGCCCGGCUCUGGAAGGGGGAAAGGGGUUUAAACUUACCUUUUUCCAGUGCUGGGUGGAGAGCUCUCCUCCUUCUCUCCUCCUCCGAUUCUCCCCGUCGGCUGAAUGCGCACGCGCGGCAAGAGCUGCGCGCGCAUUCAGCCGGUCACAUAGGAAAGCAUUCAUAAUGCUUUCCUAUGGACGCUGGCGUGCUCUCACUGUGAAAAUCACAGUGAGAAGCACGCAAGCGCCUCUAGUGGCUGUCAAUGAGACAGCUACUAGAGGAUUAGGGGGAAGGCUUAACCCAUUAUAAACAUAGCAGUUUCUCUGAAACUGCUAUGUUUAUUAAAAAAUGGGUUAACCCUAGCUGGACCUGGCACCCAGACCACUUCAUUAAGCUGAAGUGGUCUGGGUGCCUAGAGUGGUCCUUUAAUACAAUGGUAGUAGCCCAAUUUGAAACACGUUGUUUGUGCAUCACUGAAAGGCUCUUCCCGAACGUUCGGUCCAAAAGUGAGGUGCAUGGAACGCUUUGCCCAGCAGUGUGUUAUGACCCCAACAACUAGCCAAGACUCCUGUACUUAUCUCUCCCCAUCAGCCCAUGUUAUGUGCAUUUUGGAGCUCAACAGUUUGAAAACAGAAACCCGUAGGUCCGAUGGGGGAAAUCUGGACUAGGGUGUAAGAUAGUAUGCAAACAAAAUCUAAGAUGUUCUUUCAGAGUUUUAAUGAAAAAAAGAUAGGGUCGCACUCAGCCACAAUAUAACAAUCCAGGGAGCUACUGAGCAUGGGUCAGUAAAAAAACACAUGAAAUAUACAUAAAAAGAAAAAAUCUGAGGCACUCACUGUGAUUGUAUCCAGGCAGGUUUAUUUGCAACGUUUCGACCUGUCAAGGUCUUUAUCAAGCAUACACCACAGUGAAAAGUGUAUUGCAUUUAUAUACACACACAUUACAAAACAUGUUAAAAGUAAUGCAAUCAAUAUAAUAAAUUGCUAUACCAAACCCUUAUUAAAAACAUGGUAGGGAAUGAAUAAGUAGAUGGCUAAAGAACAUAGUAAAAAGAAAUAUAAUAAGUCCAGGUUUUGUAAAAAACCACAUCAACCAUUAUACAUGCACAGGUCUUUUAAAAAUUGGGUCUUUUUCGCGCAUGCGCACUCUUUCAGAUACCCAGUGCGGCCCCCUUAGUUGAGAUGUAUUAUGUGACGUGAUCACGUACAUUUACGUGGAAUAGGCGGCCCGUUUUUUUCGAUACCCUUAAGAUCUGAUCUUUAUUCCAGGUAUUUCAUAUAUUACUAAUUGCAUAAUUUUGAGUUAAAUGGUUCAUUUAUUUAAAAGACCUGUGCAUGUAUAAUGGUUGAUGUGUUUUUUUACAAAAUCUGGACUUAUAUUUCUUUUUACUAUGUUCUUUAGCCAUCUACUUAUUCAUUCCCUACUAUGUAAGGGUUUGGUAUAGCAAUUUAUUACAUUGAUUGCAUUACCUUUAACACAUGUUUUGAUGAAUUUUUAUUGUUAUAUUGAUUUGAUGGUUUGUAAUGUGUGUGUAUAUAAAUGCAAUACAUUUUUCACUGUGGUGUAUGCUUGAUAAAGACCUUGACAGGUUGAAACGUUGCAACUAAACCUGCCUGGAUACAAUCAGAGUGAGUGCCUGAGAUUUUUUUCUCUUUCAGAGUUUUAAGGCAUCUGUUAUUUCCAUUCACUGUAUCUACAUUGAGAGUUAGAGAAAUCUGGGCUGCAACAACUUGACAGAACAUGGCCUGACAUUACAAUCAUUUAUGGAGGUGGAGAACAUGAAAUUAAUAUUCAGGAGCAUCAGGUGGUAAUAUCACACAGCUUGCAAAUACCACUAGUAGGUAUCAUUACAAAGACAGUACCAGCUUAACCCAUUGAGUGCCCCACACAGUGCAAUGGAUUGCAAUGAGGGGGCUUCCUCUGUAGUGCUCAGAGGGUUUAGUAGGCAACCAUGAGCCUUCUAAAAUCUGUCCUAACAAAGAUGUAAGAGUGAUGCACAUAUUCUGUCUUAAACACAGAAUUAAAGUAAGGAGAGGGUGAAAUGCAAAAAAAGGUGGCACAUUGCAACUUCAGAAGUUUCCCAUAGUGUAAUCAAGAAACUAGGUUUAGAAAAGAGAGCGCUCAACAUUAUGUGUUUUUGACUUGUGGAUCGAUAGCGCCUGAACAGCAAUGUUUAUAGCACACUGGAGUUUUUAGCAGUCACCGUCCGUUUUGUAAAUAAGCUAGAUAAUGAUGGUUCCCUGACCCUUGUGGAGGAGCUGUCACUAAUCUGGAAUUUAAACCACUAAUUCAAAGUUUGAAAAACAUGUAUAACUUGUGUUAAACCUUUUUUCCCCAUGUGAUACAUUUCUUUUAAAAGCAUAUUAAACAUAUAGCAAUAGAUGUAUAAGGGUUACAAAUAACACCACAGCUCAAUUCAAUCCUAGCACAGACAAGGUAAAACCCAAAGCUUUGUUUACGUACUUAAUGACAAAAAAGUCUGUUUAUAACAAUGGCUGACAGGAAGCUGUGAAAAAUGUUCAGUCUAGGUCAAUGCUAAAUACAGUGCAAUGUAUUUCAGUUUAAUUUUAAGAUCUAAAUAUAAUAUUAAAAACAAAAAAACCCUGGCAAAUGGAGUUCUUUUUCUUUAUGUCCUGUAUACCAUACUUAUCUCCCAUCAUGCACACUGUUAUUGUGGCCCUUUCAAAUGUGCAUAUAUGUGGCUGCUUUUCUUUAGCACACAGUUAUAAGGAAGUAAUUUUCUUUACAAAAAGCAGCGGGAAACCUUAUUUUAUUUGGUUCGAGAAUGCAGUCUGUGUGGGGUUUUAAAUUUACUGGAAUUUCAUUUUCAAUUAAAUUAAAAUGAUUAUUUACAGCUAAUAAAGUACCCUUUGGCUAAUAAACAUAUUUUGUGUGUAAUGUUUCUCUGAAUAUAAAAGUUUGCAAUUUUAAGCAACACUUUUCUCAGCAUGUGACAUACUAAUCAUGCAAUUUCUGUAAAUUUUGUAUAAUCCUCUUACAAACAUGGGGUUAUUACACUUUUAUUUUGACUCCGCAGGGACCGGAUAAGUCUCUGUUAUGCACGGAUUACGAACCUUUUGGCCAUUUCACUAAAUUAAAGAAAUCCAUUUACACAACUUAUUCUAAUAUUUUGGGCAAUCCGAUACAAAUAUGGUUCUUGAAAAUGGUCAUGUGGCGAUUGUAUAUUUCUCUCUUGCUUUAAAGAGAGUGUGGUGCAAGUAUUGCCUAUACUGUGAAUAGGUGUCGGUGUCCACUCAUCAGAAACUUCACUUGCCUGUAGUGUCACAAAAUGCUUUUGUAACAUGUGGCUAAUUCAAGCUGCUUCUGCCCAUGCAAGAAUGUCUGGGCAGUGCUCAGUAGUCCAAUGAUUGUGAGAAGAAAGCAGAAAAGUCCGUUGGCAACAGUUUUUAGUGCAGAAUAUACCAUUAAUGAGGAAAGGUGACUUGUAAAAUCAGUAAUGACUAUAAAAGAGGGGGAUAGUAGAAGCAUUACAAAGGUAAUUGACCUAUUGGAUUAUUGCAUUGAUGACCGUGCACCCUAAAGAAUUGAAUAUUCUUUUUUUUUAAAUCUUUUUUUUUUAAUAAGAUAUACAAUCCGAGAACCCAGUACACAAUGACCAAAUAGGAUAUUGGUGUUUUACAUAAGGUAUAUAAACAUCUGUCAUGACACAUUUCAUAUUCAUAUUGUUGUAUUUUACGUUAUUAAAAAAUACCCUAAUGGGAUGUCUUAAGGCGCAUAUAUAUAUAUAUAUAUAUAUAUAUAUAUAUAUAUAUAUAUAUAUAUAUAUAUAUAUAUAUAUAUAUAUAUAUAUAUAUAUAUAUAUAUAUAUCUAUAUCUAUAUCUAUAUCUAUAUCUAUAUCUAUAUCUAUAUAUAUCUAUAUAUAUCUAUCUUAAGACAUCCCAUUAGGGUAUUUUUUAAUAAUAACGUUAAAUACAACAAUAGUAACAUUGAGAAAGAAAGAAUAAGUCUAGGUGCCUAGCUUAAAAACACCAGUGAGCAGGGAAGCAAUAGCAAGGCACAUGGUGUCCCCUCCAUAUCAUCCUCAAUAUUUUCCUCCCGUUAGUUUAUAACAUGGAGAGUAUAAACCCACUAUUGUUGUAGGCCCCACUAAAGAACUGUCCGGCACCACAGACAGAGUAAGAAAUGAGCCAGAAGACAGGUGGGAAAGGGCAGGGGGAGGGGGCGCUGCAGAUAGCCUAAGAAAGGAGGCGGGGGGGCGGGGCGUCUCGGACAUGAGAGCCCCAAAAGCACCUAUCGGCAAACUCUCCACAAAGAGAUAAAGGUAGGGAAAUAUCCCCCAGAGGGGGACCCCCUUAGGGGUAGAGGACAAAACCAGCGACCCUAUGAGGCGGGCACAGCAGAAGAGCGAUUUAGGUGGGGAAUUAAACCCACCCCACUCAACCCCUAGCCACCCAUAUCGCUUGCCAUCCAAGGGCCCCAAACCUCCUCAAAUGUCUUCAUGAUGCCUCGUACCUGGGCCGUUAGCUUAUCCAUGAGACAAGUAUCUUUGAUCUUUUGGACGACUGCUUCUAUUGAAGGGGUCUCCCUCUGAAGCCAGACCUGUGCCAAAGCCAUUCUAGCUGCCAGAUUUAGUUUGUGUAAACGUUUUUGAUACAAUCAUCCAAAAGUCUAGCCAACAAAAAUAUCCAAGUGUCUAACUUGAUAUCCCUCCGUAGAAGAUCCCUUAUUAAAUCUUUUUAAUCUUUAUCCAAAACCGUUGUACAUCUGGAUAUUCCCACCACAUGUGGAUAUAUGUCCACUUCUGUCCGCACCUUCUCCAUCACAAAUCCGUGGGCAUCUUAUUCAUUCUACACAAUUUGACAGGGGUGGUAACCAUCAAAACAUGGUCUUAUAUGACUUCCUGUAACGUAAUACAUAUGGAGGAUGUUGCAUUUGCUUCUCAGAUUUCCUGCCAUUCGACCCCUUCGCUUCACCUAGAUCAGCUUACCAUUGAUAAAUGUAUGUUGGGUUUCCCCAUUCUAAGGUGUUAGUGCUAUGGUGGGCAUAUAAAGCCGUAAUCCAGCCCCUUGGAAUUGUUCCCGAAUACACAGUUAAAAAAAAAAGAAAAAGUUAGGGAUUAUUCUCAGGUUAACAGCUGAGUUGCAUAUACCUGAAGAAAUCAGAAGGUUUUAGGGUGGCCCUAGUUUUCAGUUCCUAAAAGGGUACAAUAGAGCCUUCCUCAUAUAGAUGGCAAAGUCACUGCAAACCAGCAUAUUCUAUACGUUUGAAAUUAUGUACUCUCAUACCCCGGGGGAACGCCCCAUUCCUCAGGAACGGCGUUUACAGGAAAGGUGAAGCUAAACCAUAUUUUAAAGCAUUAGUGUGCCACAGUUUCAGGGAGUUCAGGAUUACAGGGCAUUUCGUUCGAAGGGGAGGUUGAUAGUCUUUAGGUUCCCACAUGAAAAACUGUGGUAGGUCUGAACCCGUUAAGGACUCUAGAUCCAACCAUUGUCUCCCCCAGGGGAGAGUGCUACAAUGCUAUCUGGGUUAGUUGGGCUGCUAGGUAAUGAAAACCCAAUCCCCCUUGCGCCUUAGCCUGGGAAAGAACAUUGUGUUUUUUAUUUUGCCUAUGGCCUAUUGUAGAGCGGCCAGGUUGGAUUUGGUAAUUUGGACUGGCAGAGCCUGGAAUAAAACCAGUAUUCUAUGGAGGCUAUUCAAUUUUACGGAGGGAAUCCUGCUUAUCCACGAGAUCGGUUUAUCGACCCACUUUUCCAUAGCUUCGAUGAGGGCUUUAAACAUAGGAAUGUAAUUUUGUUGGUAUAAUUGGGUAGGAUCUGCCGUCAGCCAAACCCCCAAAUACGUGAGAGGAUUGUGAGCUAUAGAAAUGUGGUAUGUCUUACCAAUGUGUGCCGUGCCUGCUGCCGAAAGGCCUGUGGGAAGUGCACUUGACUUGUUCAAGUUUACUUUGUAGCCUUCCAAUUUACUAUAUUUUUCCAACUCUUCUGUCAGAGCCGCCAUGGAUUCUCUAGGGGGUGUCAGGGUUAAGAGCACAUAGUCUGCAAAGCCCGAUACCACAAAUUUCUGUCCGCCUGCCAUUACCCUUUGGAUUCUUGGGUUCUGAUUGCUUGCAGAAGCGGCUCUAAUAAUUCAAAAAGGAGUGACAAACGGAACCCCUGUCUGGUGCCAUUGCUCACUGUAAACGGUGGGACCUGUGCUCCUGAAAUCUGAAUCUGUGCCCAAACGUUGGUGUACAUAGCGCAAAUUGCUGUUAAGUACGGAGCAGGGAUGCCGAUAUGCGUCAACAGUUUAAAGAGAUAAGACCACUUUACCCUGUCAAACGCGUUCUCUGUAUCGAGUUACCGGAUCAGCGACGGUGCUUUAGUGGUGAUAUGAUAUCCAAAUUAUGCCGGGUAUUUUAGAACAAUUGCGUGCCAGGGGCAAAUCCCACCUGGUCAGCGUGAAUCAAACGCGGUAGCAGAGGAUUCGGUCUGUUUGUGAGAAUCUUUGCUUGAAUUUUGGGACUGUGGUUUUUCAAUGAAAUUGGUCGAAAGUUAGCCGGUUCCGAGUCAUACCUGCCGGGUUUCGGCAAUAAGACAAUAUCCACUAGAGAGAUAUCCCUGUCCAAAGUUCCCCUUUCCAUAAGGUCUUUAAACCAGGACUCUAAGUGGGGUGAUAAUUCUUUGCGGAAUGUUUUGUAAUAGCUACCAUCAAAGCCGUCAGAGCCCGGAGCUCUAUGACCUUUCAGAGAAAAGAUGGCUAAAUCAAUUUCUUCAAUCAAAAUCAGUUUUCCCAGGUCUGCCAGCGUUGGGAGGUCUAGCCGACACAGGAAAGCCAGACUUUUAGUUUCUUCCUGAGCAUUGACGGGAUCAGGGCUAGUGUGGUUAUACAAUUUUGCAUAAUAAUCCGUGUAUACCAUGGCGAUAUCGCCAGGAGUUGUACGGUAGGCCCUUGAGGGAUCCUUGAUUUUGCGCUGUCUGUAAAACGUCCUCCUGGACCACACAAUGGCGCGUGCUGUAUCAUCCAGGAGAGCUUCCCGAAUGGACAGCCUCAAGUCGCGUACUGCCGUCAAGUGGUCUGGGGAAGGAUCCGAUUUAUGUUUGUUCAUUCUGCCCUGUGUUGUCAUUGAAGUAUUUGGUCAAUUCCUGACGCAAGAUAGUGACUAUCUCCGGGUGCCUGAUUAAGGAGCUGUUAAAUUUCCAGGACCAAGGGUUUGCUGCACUCAACUUAUCCAUCGUUAAAGAAAUAUCGGAGUGGUCCGACCAAGUAAUAGAUCCCCUCCCCCCCCCCACUUCAAGACUGGGCUGGCAUCAAGCCUCCGGGCUCAUAAGAAUAAAUGUAUGUGAGGCAUUAGACUUAUGGCCCACAACCAGUAGCUAGGAAGAAGUCUCACCCCUACAAGGCCUCAAUAAGCCUCCCUCUCUUCCCUCCCCUCCCCCUUUUUAUGUUAUUUUUUUGUAAUUUUAUGUAGAUUUUGUUAGUUUUUUUACUUUUCUUUCUUAUUUGCAUUAUUUUCCCCCUUUGCGGAGUUCCAUGUACAGUAGCAUAACAUGUUGCCCCUCUUGUUCAACGUGUUUGUUUCUUUCCCCCUAUAAGCAAAAAAUUGGUGAGCAUAUAAUCCGCCAUCCCGAAAGGGAUGACCCCGGGCACACCUAAUGGAAUUCUUCCACAGGAGCUCGGUAAACGGUCUCCAUUUUCUGCGCCUCUGUAGAGUGAUAGGGGUCAGGUCCUUGAACCCUUGUACGCUAUUGGGCCCUCUCUGCCCCGCCGAAUGAGAGAUUCCUUCAUCUGGAAGAAUUGGAAUUUAAUAAUUGCAUCUUGUUGUCUGCCCUUUUGGCGCAAAGCCACAUGUGUUCCAGCACCUCCGACAGGAGCGGCUUGAUUAUGUCGUUAACCACUUCGAUCAAGGAACACUCUCCCUCCUUUUCCGGGAGGCCACGCAGCCGAAAAUUAUUCCGCCAUGACCGGUUCGCCAAAUCUUAAAGGGCAGUUUCAGCCGACGCCAGCCUGGCAGUGAGGUUGUUAAUCUGUGCAGCAGCUGCAUCAUGGGGCACAGCCGUGGACUCCACCAGCUGUUCCAACAACUCUGUCCUCAUGCACAAGGACUGGAUCUCAGAUUUAACCUCGUUGGUGCCCCUGGCGAUCUCAGUGGCGAGGUAAGUGCGAACUUCCGAGAGUUUAACCAAGAUCUGCGAUGUGUCAGCACUACUCCUCAGUGCUGGAAGGUGAUCCCGUCGCCCUCUGACUCGCCCGGCCGCUAUCUUGGGAUCCAGCCCGCAUGGCCCUUGAGGUCGCAAAUAAAUCCAAGACCAUACCACACUGCUCUGAUUGCCCCUUGGGCUGUUUCUUCGGGGCCCUCUUCUCCAUACAAUGUCUCCCAGGUCAGGAAACCGCAAAAUCCGUGAAAUCAACACAAACAUUCGCUGUUGGCUUCGUGGUUCUCGCUGAGCUUCACUCGCACACAUCAAGCUCUUUUCGACCGCAGACCACGCCCCCUGUCCUAUUACAAUUAAUAAUUCGAGGUAACUGGCCGAUAGAUCCGUGCAUUGCUGACCCUGCAUCCUAAAGGAUUAAAUGUAUGGUCAUAUGUUCUCAAAGAUACCGUCCAAUGUGCUUUCUACCACUGAGAUUUGCUCGGCUAAUUUGUCAGGCACAAUCCUUUUGGCCUAUAAUAUAUGUAGAUAUAUUUCCUUUUUGCAUACUAAUGAAUAGUUUCAGUAUUUACAGCAAGGUCUGUUCUCUAUCUGUGGAGGACUUGUGUGAAAAGUAGAACAUCAAAAUGUUAACUGGAUAUAGCAUAUCUUAAGUGUUUUGAGCCUAGCAUUAGGUUUAUCCUUUUUUUUAUUUUUUGUGGAAUCCUUGUGCACUUGACAAAUUCAGGGUUUCAAAUAGCCCUUCCAUUAUGUCUUUAAGUUUAAAAAGUGUUUUUAUAUAGUUGCUCUUGAAAAUUAACAGGCUAGGGAGUAUAUAUUUGUAGAAACCAAAAUUUCAGCUUUCUACAAUUAAUUAGUGUGCAACAGAAUCCUCAUUCACUUCCAGACAUAAUCUAAAUAUAUGGACAAUUUAUGUAAAAUAGGGUGCAAAUAUAAAAAUAUAUUAAUCCCAAUUGUUAUAAAUGUAAAAAAAAAAAAUUUAAAACAAAACACAAAACUGUCAAAUAUAGCAGAUUUUAAUACAAAUUAAAAUGCUUCUGAAACUUCACAGGCCGUGUUGGUAUGAAUUUCAGCCCUUACAUUCCUAUGUCUAACAUAUCUGGUUUACAAGGUCCAUAAAAGUGUUGCAUAUGGUUAUUAAUAGAAAUUAUUUACCAUUGCAAAAUUCCUGAAAUAUUAUUUUAGUAUUUAUAUAAUCCUACAAUGUAAACAGCCUUGUUAUUCAUGAAUACUUUCAAUUAAAACUGAAAUCUAUAAAUGUCCUCCGGAAACGCCCCUUGCCACAAACAGUCCCUGGUGGUUAUGCUGGACCUUAAUCUGUGAUGUGUAUUUUUUAAAGAAUUGGACAUAAGUGAUACAUGAACUCAAAUGGCAACUAGCAUAAUUCAUUGUAAAUUGAGGGGUGUGGAACCCACCCACCCCCAAAUCUGAAUCGAAGAACUGAGGCAAAGUUAGCUGGUCUGGAAAAAUUCUCCACCUCUGCUAUAGCCACACCAUGCUAAUUUUUGUCACAGUUUUGCCAUUUAAUUUUUGAAAAAUUGUUUAGUGUCCCUCCUCCCCAUAGUGUGUCUGUGUGCCCUGUCUGUAUACAACAUGUAUUGUAAUGUAACAGAGACCUCCAAUUUAUGGGAUGAAUUAUGAGAAAUAUUAAGAUGCUUUUUAGAUGCAAUCUUCAAAGCCGUACACUAGUCAGGCAGUAUGUCCUGUUCAGUUAUAGGUGAUAGGGACAGCUGAAACCCUUAACAAAGGAGUUGAUACGAUGGAUUUACUGAGUAGCUGAGAAUUUACUUCAUUAUUCACUUCAUGACUUAAACUAAAUGCUAAAUUUAGCAUAAUCUAGUAUGUUUACUUACCGUACCUUAGUUUCUAUUCUAGCAGCUAAUUCCCCACUCCCAUCUCACCCUUUUUUCGUCUGGAUCUCUACGGUCAUGGUAUCCUUGGUUGUUUUAUGUAGGAGUGUGAGGUUUGCACCUCUGGUGGGUGCAGACCUCCGUAAUAGUUCUGUCUUGACACUUGAGUGAGUCUUGAGUGCAUGUUGGGAAUCCUGGCGGCUGCACCCUCCCUCACUAGAGAGCACUGGACUGUGGUUUGCAUUCGCCAGAUGUGCAAACCUCACCCUUUCAGCCCUGCCGCUUGCCUACUGUAGGGCUAAAAAAAAAAGCUCCCUGCCCGGACAUCCUACAAUACAAAUUUCCUUUCCCUGAAAUUAUUAGCUUUGUUACUAAACUUCUGAUGGGGGAAACCGUUUGAGGAAACACUCUAAGCAACAGAGGAAUGUUAAUGCAUUUCUGAGUAUCAAGCUUGACUUAAAAUUAAACUAAAUUUAAAAAAUAAUGAAUUACUGGCAUCUUAGCUGCAUCCCCUUUUCUGCAUUUAUUUAUUUGCUUUACCGAUUCUUGGAGUAGAUCGCCGUCCCCUGUCUUUUCUUACAGUACAGUAAACCUCUUGUAGGUCAAGCAUCAUGGCUACACAAUGAUUGUUCUAAUUUUUGGAGUUCAUAUAUCCUUGUACGCUGCAUGUUCUAGAGUAGGUUGUCUCGUAGCCCAUAUUACUUGCAUCACUUUUACUUACCAUGGACAUAUAUUGAUAAUAUUUUAACAUAAAGGAUCAUGAACAACUUCUAUGACCUAAGUUGAGUUGUGGCAUUUAUCUCUACAAAUAGAUUAGAAUUUUAUUAACACUUCUGUUUAUCCUAAAGCUUUCCGCAUGGCGUUGAUGAGGUUCCUUCUUGAAAAGGGAGGGGGAAUAAAAUCUUUAUGUAUUCCCGUGAAACGUAGUGCUACAAGACAAAUACUUUUUGAUUGUUUUAUACACCCCUUUUUGCUUUGCUAACUAGCUUACUCUUUCAAAAAAAUCUAUAGCUGGAUGUGAUUUAUUAUAACAUUUCUUCUGCCUAUAUUAUUUGUAAGCGGCUUGGCAAGUCAGACACACACUAAAGUGAGCGAUCAAAGUAAAUUUUGAAUUUAAAGUCAAAAUAGCCUAACAGAUAAAUGCAUUCUCUAAGUCGGCUAUGCUUCCAGUUUGGCAACCUUGGCCUUAAAUUUGGAAAUCAAUUUGAAUUGUUAUUUUUGUGGAUAAACCUAGAGAAUGAUACUAUCAUUUUUUUCCCCCCAAAUAACUUUUACAACUUCUGUAAACAUGCAUAAAUCGGUAUCCAUGAACUCUACAUUUACAUAUGGUGUAAUUGUAAUCAUUUUCUUUUAUAUUGUAAGAACCUUUAAAAAAAAACAUUGUCCUCAUGUACCCCUUUCUUACCUGAGGUAAUACUAAGGAGCUUGUUUUUAUUUUCUUAUAAUUUUCCAGCUUUAUACAUGAAAUUCGCUCCUAAUUUGGCCCCUAUUGCCUCUCUACAGCUCAUUAAUUAAUGCUGCUGCCAAGCCAAUUUUUUUGGUCACUGCUGUCAGGUCCCCUUUUGUUAAUUGACUUAUUGGCUUCCUAUAUCCUCAAGGAUUCAGUUCAAGAUGCCAACACACACACAUGCAAAUAACUCUACACCUCUAUAACAUUUUUUUCAUUGAUUCAUAGGCGUUCCCCUUCUUGGUUACUCUAUUCUGCCAGUGACCUUCUCCUGUUUCCUGUAUGGAUAAUUCUUGCCACUGCACCUCGAUAUCAGACGUUCCUCUGGCGAACAGUUUUUUUUAAGAAGUCCCUUAAAAAUCAGGCAAGCCUAUAGAUUCCCUGGAUGAAUGUCAUCCAGCUACUCUUUGCUGCUCUCACUUACACUCACCUGUUGAUCUUAUCUCUAUCUUGUGUUUUUUUUUAAACUUGCCUCUAGAUUGUAAGCUUGUUCAAGCAAUGUCCUCAACAACGUCUUGUUUCUUGUUAACGCUUGUAAUGAUUUGUUUCUUGGUGGUUUUCUAUCCCCACAUCAAAAUUGUAAAGCGUUGCAGAAUAUGUUUGUGCUAAGUAAAUGCCAAAAGUAUAUGUUUUAAAUAUUACGAGGCAAAAUGGCUAUUAUUUCUUACUUGGAUGUCUUAAAGCUCUCAAUCGUGUACAGUGAAUCCAGUUUAAAAUCCUGUGUAUAAAAUAACCACUGCAGUAAAAUCGACCGUUUUCUCUAAAUCCUAAAACUGUCUUGCAGAUUUCUUCACCACCAGCUCAGGUAUCCAGUAGUGUAAACACAGCGUCUGUCAUUCCUCCAGGCACUAGGUUAAUUGCUAUGUCGCAGAGAUUCUGUGCUGGACAUGAAUUCACUAACCAACUGCUAAUAGUUUCACUAAAAUGAAUCUGAAACAUGGUACAUUCUACAUAUUAUAUGCUACACAGUGCCCAUUACAAGAAGAAAGAAGCUGAACUAAUAGACGGAAAUUAAAUAUUUUAUUCUUUUCUUUUUUUCUUGUUUCUCUUCUCUUGCAAAUACUUGCACCAAGCGAUUUCCUAGAGAUAUUUGCUGCACAUUUUCUUAUCCACACUCCCCCCAUAGUUUUCAACACUCUUUAACAGGUCCACCACCACAGAGAAGCGGUGGAAUUAUUUAGGCAUUGGGAUAGCUGGUAUUAUGCCACAUUAAAUUGCUGUUACAUAUUAAGAAUUGAGUGCCGGGGGAGGAGCAUGGCCAACGAUGGAGCCUCAUGGACGUGUCCUGCUGAGCUCCCUGAUCUCAACGGCAGAAACUCGCUAUAAACAGGGCUGAAACAGCGAUAUGGGUAACCCCCAAAAAGGUCAGGCUGGCCACCAUGUGCCAGGGAAGACCCCCAACGCAAAAGGGAUCUCACCAAAUAUUUCCGAGAUUCCUCGGACCUUCAUUAUGAUGCCGGUGAUUCCAAAAUGGCGCUGGAACACAGCGGGGACUCCCCACCCUUUAGCCCAGCAGACUCAGAGAGCUUACUAUCGCAGCAAGAGCCUGACAUCAGAGAGCUCUUAAAAAAUUUACCCUCCAAAGGAGAAAUGGAGAAUGUUAUCCAAGCUGGAAUCCUCUUUCAGAAAGAAGAUGGAUGGACUGGGGUCGGAUAUCCGCCAUGUUGGCUAGCGGUCAGUUCCUUGGAGGAUGACCGGGAUGUGUUAUUCACCCAGGUGCAACAGUUACAGUUGGCCAUAGAAGCACAUAUGUCCCUAUCCUUCUACCAGAGAUCCCUAGAUAAUCUUGACAAUAGGGGAAGGAGAAAUAACCUGCAAAUUAAGGGGUUAUUCUCAGGGAACUAUUUAACUUACUACUGGACAAGCCAGCAGACACGUCUGUGCUUUUGGACCGGGCACACCACUGUCUACGGCCCAAAAACUCAUCUGCAGACGCGCCAAGAGAUGUAAUCUGCCACCUUCACUACUUCUCCCACAACAAAGAGGUGAUGAGACAUAUCCGCCAAUCUACCCAUACACUCCUAUUCCAUGGCAGUCCGGUGCAAAUUUAUCCAGACCUGUCUUGGAUGACUCUUCAAGCCAGGAGAGUGCUAAAACCGAUCACUGACCAGCUAUAUAUGCAAUAAACGCUACCGCUGGGGCUUCCCCUUCGCGCUGAUUGUCUCGAGGGGAGACGUGUACAUCAUUUCCAGCCCACAAGAUGUACAACCCUCUGCGUGAGCUCUGAAGCUUCAAGACGUGCACAUUCCUGAUUGGUAUUUGCCAGUUCUGCCUUCCACCGCCCAUCACCUCCCUCAGUGACAACACUGGCAAUCUGCUGCAAAAAAAGAGGCGAACCGAACAACGGGAACGCCGUCCCACUCCAACCUCCCCAAGAGUUCCAACAUCCUAAAACCACCCACUGUAAUAGGCCACAAAGAGUAGCUUUCCUAUGGUCUUUCGUGACUAUUAUUUGAUAUUUGGACUGUCACCACAUUUUUUUCACUUUGGGUUACAACUGAUAACUCACUGGCAUAGUUGCAACACUCCUGGAAUACCGAUUCCUCUAGCCUAAGGAUUACAAUUCUGGAUGACCGUGCCCUGCAUGGCAUGCACCAAUAUUUUCUGCUUAGCGAGGUUUGGACAUACUAGGACUUCUCGCUUCCUAUACCACGCCACCUGACGUCGAAUUGAGCGCCUGGACAACUUUCCUUGUGUAUAACUUUUGGGUUCUGUUGCAACAUGAAGUGUAUGACAUGCAAAAGUGCUUCAGAAGUUUUGUGCACGUGCAAACCUGCAUGGGGUUGGCCAGUGCUGCUAUUCGCAAUGAUUGCAUGCGAUUAAGCAGACUAAAAAACCUCUUUUAUGCUACCCAUAUUGCAUGCCAUACAUCUCUGUAUUUGGAAGUAUGGAGUUGUUCAUAUGGAUUGGCACUUUAAAAUUUAAAGUUCAUCCUGCUUUCUUGCUGUACCCUGUAGUGUGUCAGUUGACUAAACUGUGCCUUCUAAAGGGCAAAAUUGAGGGUCAUUGGUAAGGCUGGUGUGAGUCAUCCUGUUUGUCGGGAAAGCAGAAAUAUCCCCUUUGUUCGCAUUCUUGAAUGUCCUUUUAAGCUUGUGGUUUCAGAUUUAUUUUUCAUGUUUCAUUUAAAAUCUAAGAACAAAUGUCUUUGUAAAACAUUAAGAAUAUUAUUGUGAGUUCAUACAAUAUACGCAGUAACUCGAGCGGAAGAUUUUCUUUUUAAUUAGAUUUUUGUGCACAGAGCUAUAAAGUUAUUUUUAGACUUCUUGGUAAAGAGACAUGGAAUGGACAUUGAAAUAGGUAAGGGAUAUAUUGCGCCAACAAUAUCAAAUCGCUAUAAAAUUGAUGGCAUAUUCAAGGCAUCUACUGAAGUUAGAUGCUCUGUGUAGGUUAGGUUACAAUUAGUUAUGCUGGGGGAGGGUUUGUCUUGUAUUAUCAGAUUAAUACAUUUAAAAAAGUGCACACUCAUUUAAGGGGCAUUUCAGGCACCAUAGCAACUUUCUAAAGCAUUUUUCUAAAUGGCAAGCCAAUGAGAGCUGGAUACUCUAUUCCUAUCACAGGUAUCCAAAUCACUGAAAGGAUUAAGCAUUGAUGCUGGUGCCAGAAUAAAGGAAGUUUCUUCCAAAAGCACUUUGGGGUCAAGCUGCUUCAAAGCUGUUAAAUCCCAAAAAGAUUGGACCAUGGACCUUGAAGCACCAUCCAAAGUCGUUCUGUUGUCCAGAAUGGUCCUUUACUCUAGUGUAUACAGCUCCUUUCUCCAUAUAGAUAAAGAAUGCAAUGGAUAAGGGAUCUGUCCCUUUAAGGUUAAAAAUUCAUAUGUACAAGGUAACUUUUUGCCAAAAUGUUAGGGAAGUGAUUACAUAGUAUCACCUGUAUAUAUGUUUUAAUGUAUUAUAUCAUAUCAUUUGUGAUCGAUUAACUUAUUUUUUUUUUUUUUUUUAUAAAUGUAAUGUUUUUGUAUUGCACUUUUGAAUGAAUGCAUUUCAUAUAUACAUUGCUUGCUGCAUAACCUUUAUUGCAAAAAAAUUACACUAAAAUUAAAAACUACCCAUUCAUAUGUAGUGUGGAUUCAAGUAAAAUUUGUUUAGCGCCAUUUAUCAUGCCCUCUCUUCCAACUUGCAUCAUUUAAAAAAAAAAAUUUACUUCAAAAAUACUGCAUUGGUUAAGUGAACUGAGUGGCUUCCUAGUUUGGUGAGAGCUCAUUGCUGUUAAGUUAUUUUUGCAUAUAUUCAAUGCAUCAUCUUGGCGAUGCCUGCAAUGCCCCUUUUAUACUGUAACCAGAGCUGUUUUGUUGGAUUUUUACUGUGUUUCUCAGUGUUGAGGUAUAUCUGAUUAAACCAAGAAUUACUACAAAUGAGUCCAGGAACAGCAUAAGAUCAUGUUAAUUUCUUCUUCCAUUCAAAUUAAAGAGAAUUUUUUUUUUUUUUUUUUUUAACUUCCCAAUAGUGAUGUCCCGAACGGUUCGCUGCGGACUCCAGUCAGCAGACACAUUCCAGCCAAUCAGCAGCAGACCCUCCCUUCUCCUGGACAGCAUCCAUUUUGAAGCUGCAUUCUUAGUGAGCUGUCCAGGAGGUGGGAGGGUCUGGGAGGGAGGGUCUGCUGCGGAUUGGCUGGAAUGUGUCUGCUGACUGGAGUCCGUGGCGAACCGUUCGGGACAUCACUACUUCCCAAUUAUCUGACUUUUUGUCCUAAAAUAUUCCAGAUAUUACCAUUCUUUUUAUGUUCUUCAAUCUGUAAUAAGUUUGAGAGGCAUAGAAGAUCUUGUUAGGUUUCCAAGUUCUAUUUUAAAAGUCCCUCUACAGCUCAGGAUAAUACCUACUGUAAAGACGUACUUCUGAAUGUGCAUGUGAGAUACUCCACCUUGUAUAUAUAUUUGUGAUUUUCUAUGAUUGGUGAUUGGUCAUUGCAUAAGCACCCACUUAAUAUCUGUACCUAUAUUGUUGCAAGUUAUUCUUUCAGAUUACAACUAUUAAUUUUAAGAUGUGAUAUGUGACCGAACUAUUAAGUUAUAGCUUAAUGUACAAGUUUUUGUAUAUGUCAUGAAUUCCAUGUUCUAUCUGUAUAUUGUAAUUUUAGUUUUGUAUCUUACUAUAUAAGACAGUUGUAAUACAAAUAAUUUAGCAAAAAAGUAUUUUAAAUGGAAUUAUUACUUUAUCCUAUAUUGCAGAACUUUUAGUAACACUUCGUAAUGUGCAUGAAAUAUUCUUUCACCUCAAUGGAAUGCUCAAAGUGAAAAUAUGUCCUUCCUCUGUAUGUCUCGACCUCCCAGCUGACAAUUAGCUUCUUUUUAGCAGGAGCUGUGGCAUAAAUGCUGAGCCAUGUUUUUUUUCCCCUCGAUGUAUACUUUCAGGUGGAAAAUCAUGAAUUUCUUGUGAAGGCGUCUUUUGAUCCUAACCUGACAGAGCUGAGAGAAAAGAUGGAUGAACUUGAAAAGAAUAUGCAGUCAGCUCUAAAUAGCGCAGCAAGAGAGCUUGGUGGGUAUAUUUUUGUGAAAAUGCUGGAUAGAUUUGUAGAUUACUGUAUUACCAACUUUGCCCACGCAAUCACCUGCACCCUAGUGUUUGUCUGUAAAGAUCAAUACAGGUAGCUCCCAUGCACCCAUUCAUAUUUAAUCUUCUUCCAAUUUUUCCUGUCUAUACCCAAUUAUAUUUCUGUCCUCCCGUCUCUGUAGCUUUUAUUUUUAUUUUUAUCCCCGUUGCUACAGUAUGCCUGUAUACCUUUCCCCUUCUAGAUUUCUGCAGCAGAACUAUUCCUGAAUAUAUAUGGCUUCAGUGUAUCGUUUACACUUUUCUUGGUAUUUCUUAAAACACCACUAGCAGUAUUGUUUUGCUGACUAAAGGCAAUUGAUCUACUUCACUUCUUUGCAGAGAUUAAAAUUCACACACAAAAAUGGCUCUAGCAAGCCAAGUCUUCCUUAAAGAAGGUGAAUAUGUGUAAAUUAGGCUUUUUAAAAGGUUUACUUUUCGGUUCUAUAAAUUUACUAAUAUUUCAGUGUUUCAGUUCAAGUUUAGAUUAAAGGGACACUAUAGUUACCAGAACAACCACAGCUUAAUGUAUUUGUUCUGGUGAGUAUAAACAGUCCCUGCAGGCAUUUUCAUGCAAACACUGUAAAUAAUGUUUUUUUUCAGAGAAAAAAAACAUUUUUUACAUUUAAAACAUAGGGACACAUCCACUGGUCACUCCUCAGAUGGCCAAGGGAGGUGCUUCACGGGGCAGUGCUGCACAUUCACCAACAUUCAGUAUCUCCACCCUCUGCAUGGAGAUGCUGAACUUUCCUCAUAGAAAUGCAUUGAUUCAAUUCAUCUCUGUGAAUAGAUGCUGAUUGGCCAGGCCGCAGUUUGGCUCCGCCUCCAUGGCGAGCUUAGCCUAUCCAAUGUUUUCCCUAUGGCAAGCCACCUAAAUUGUGUUUUUUAACACUAUAGGGUCAGGCAUACGCUUUUGUGUUCCUUACUCUAUAGUGUUCCUUUAACACUAGUUCCUAGUGUCUGUAAAACUGUAGUUCAUGUGCAUGUGUGCAAGUAUCUGAAUUUUUAAAACACAUUUAAACACAAAGGAAAAAUACAAAGUGACCAGAGGCACAUUGAUGUACACCUCUUUUUAAUUUGGUACCAACCUCAUUUUUCUGCUACCAAACCCAUACCUAUUUGUACAGUUAAUCAAUGUGGAAGGUUUUCGAGAUACCCCUGUAUUGCAAAUGUAUCCAUUAAAGAGGCUAAACUAUCCAUUAAUAAUCCCUAACUGUAUGUUGUCUUGCAAUGGAAGUUUAUUAGCCUCAACAGUUAAGCUCAACCGCUUCUGUGGCCAUCAUUUCCCAAUGUGCCCAUUUUCUAAACACAUCUCAGUCUGUCUCCUGACUCUUCCUAUGAGACUUGCCAUAUUCAGCACUAAUGCUGUCAAAUGAUAAGUUUAUUUGGCUCCUCAUACAUCCACCAGACGUCACGGCUCUUAAAGUAAAUUUAAUAUGACAAGAGAGCCAAUUAUUCAGAUAGCAGUGUCUAGUAGAAGACUCAUUAGUUUUACGCUUUAAGGGAGGACUGUUAACUCCGGUGGGUUUUUUUAUGACAUUUCUGUCUGGCACAGAUACCAUACUCGUUGGUUUAUUUAUUUUUAACCUUUUGAUUGAAUAGGCCUAGAUGCUGGUAAAAGCAUAAAACUGGAAUCCAACGCUCAGCUUGGGCACUACUUCCGAGUUACAUGCAAGGAGGAAAAAUCCCUACGUAACAACAAGAAGUUUACUACAAUUGAUAUCCAGAAAAAUGGAGUGAGAUUUACUAACAGGUAUACAUUUCUAUAUAUUUUCUACAUACAUAGAUAGAAGUGGGUAAAUAUCCAGAGCCUUAAAUGAGUCGUGACCUUGAACAUUUUUGACCCCAACAGGGUAAAUAAGUUAUCUUUCAUUUUUUGUUGAUAAACGCUCCACAGAGACAAUUUUACAUUCUGGUGGCAUAUUUAGGAAUUGGCACAUCGAAAAUGCUAUUCGGCUUCUUAGAAAUCUUCAUUAGAAAAUAUAUAAUUACAUUCCUAAGAUGUUAGUGGUUCUUAAGUGGUUAAUAUAUUAAUGCACGGUGACUCUGAUCAUGAAAUGAGGCAAUUAACUAGCAUAACAAAAUGAAUUCUUAUAUCUACAAUCGUAUUGGCAGUAAGAGAGAUGUGGUUGUAACUAUAGUAAACAGAUUAUUAUUAUUAUUUUUUUGAACAAUGUCCAACUUGUCAAACCAGUUUAGACAGUACUCUUGUAUUCCCAUUGAAUUCCAGGUUCAAAAUUAGAGAGUGCUAAUUAUUUGAGUUUUUAUAUUGUAUUGUAAAGAAGCUAACCAUACCUUGCAGUAUGUUUCCGGUUGAGAAAUUGAAACUCUUAUUCUAUGUGAUUGUAUCCGUUGUGUUUAUUUGCUUCUUCCAUAAAUAGGGUUAUAUUAGUGGACAUGAUAACUUGUGCCAUAGAUUUUGGUCACUGAUAUGAUGUAACAGAGGCAAGGGGCUGUUGCAGUCAGUAAAAAGGCUAGCUUUUCAUGUUUAUAAAAGAUGUUUUGGUGGCACAAAUUUAAAGAUAUUGAUUGAGUCACUUACAUAUCUAUAGGGAAAAAACCCAUACUACACUGAUCUAUGUUUCACCUGUUGGAUCUCUAAAGGAAGCAGAAAUUAAAAUAUCAUUGCUGCCAGCACCCAGUAGAAUAAACAUGCCGAUUUACUGUGACUGGUUCUCAUUGCUGCCUGGUAAAUUGUGACACUGGGGGUUGUAAUACGUCUUAAAGCCUCUGUCUGCAGCCACCCUAAUAUACCAUCCCGUCGUUUGCUGGGGUUUUACAGUGGAGUUAGUAGAAAGUGAAUGUCAGGGAAAUCUGCAAGUUCAUCAGUGAAGUUCAGAAAUUCCCUGUACAUGGUAAAAUGGCAUUUUAUCACAAAACUAUAAAUGUUAUAUAUUUUUUUUCACCAUCUAUUAGAGACUUGUAUACACUCCCCUUCGAGAAGAACAAAUGCAAAAACAGAAGGAUGCACAGCAGUAUGUUUUCUCAAAAGGAAAGGACUUCCUUUUAGAUUAUUGUGUGUCUACAGACGUAUAGAAUUUAAGUUGGACAUGUGUUUUAUUUCAUAGCUUUCAUAACUUUGGUUGCUAUUUUUUUUUUUUUUAUCCCAUUAUUGUGCGUGGUCUGUAUUUUAUAAUUGUGUAUAAACACUCAAAUUAAGCAUAAUUUUGUUGGCCUGUUGUCUGCACUGCUAGUUUGGAGAUGAGUGAUAAAGUAGACUGGGUGCUGUUACGUUUUAUAGAAUACGUCUGCGUACAAAUGAAAAAGGACAGCUAAACACACAACGUGUUUAUGGUUGAUCAAUGUAUCUUUCAGGAAGUAAUUUCAUUAGAAGCGUGUCUGAAUGGUGUAUACUGUUACUAUUCACUUGAGGUGCCGCGCCACCUGUUCUGAGGACGUUUGUUUUGUUAAACUGCCAGGUGCUUUAUAUGCCACUAAGCCUUUCACUGUUAUCUCAGGGGUUGUUUGUACAAUAUGUCCACAGAAGAAAAACGAGGGGGUGUCGUGUUAACUGUACAGUGUUCGGAGAGGAGUGAUGACAGCAAAAGCUAAAUUAUUAAAAUUAAACAAAUGUCAUUCUUCCCUAAGGAAAAUUGAAUUCUACUCUCAGCUUCUGCUAGCUGUUUCUGUCUAUUUGGUUUUGUCAUACAAGACUUAUUGCAAGGGUUGAAUUUAAAUGUAAGAAUAAAGACAAGUUACUGUUCACAUUGUAACAAUUUUAGGUCAGAAAACACCAAUGGCAAAUUAUGAAAUACAAGAUAAGGGCCUGGUGUCAUAUGUGCUCUGACAUGUUGGUCUUGCAGGAGAUAGUGAUACCAAGCCUUUUUUGUUUCUCAAGACAAGUACAACUUGUAUAAAUCUUUAUAGGAAUAGUAGAUUUUUCCUACAAACUACUUGAAAUUCUGAAACUAAUCCUGUGAUGACAACAUCUACUCCCCCAGGACACGGACAUAAUUCCAUACUAUCUCGCUAUACAAUAUCUACCUUACCCAUUCUUCGGUACUUUUUUCGUGAUUUCAAAAUUCCUAACACUGCCGUAUUGUGUACCCAGAUAUGCUUUCCAAAUGGACCCUGACAAAGAAAAAAAAGAGGUGCAAAUUGAGGCAAGGUACAAAUAAGUAAGAGUCAAAAAGAAACGCAUGCACCAUCCCUAUUAAGUGUUUAGAAAGUAUAUUAAAAACAAACAACUAAUUAUGACAAAUUCUUAUUUUUGUGCACUGCAUAUCUGAGUAGGGGCCCAGUUGCAGGAAAAAGAGUUGCAAUUGCAUUUAUUUUCAUUUUUCGCAUGUUUUAAAAUACAUAAUUAUUAAAACAGGAGUAAAACAUAAUCUUAAAAAAAUAAAAUCUUUCCCUUCUCCCUAGAAUUCAGCAGUUUUGUCAGAAAGCUGUGGUCAUCACAUUUGCCAGUUGGCUUAAGCCCAUCAUUGUAUCAAAAGAUCUACUCGCUGCAAAAUCUCGUGGUCACUACUCUAUCCUAAUUCUCUUUGACCUUUUCUGCUGUUUUUGAUACUGUUGAUCUACAGCUUCUUCUCAUCCUCCGUAAGCUCGGUCUACGAGAUACCGCUCUCUCCUGGUGCUCCUUCUACAUCACCCAGCGUUCUUUCAGUGUUUUUCUCUGGCUCUGUCUCUUCCUCACAACCUCUCUGUUGGUGUCCCCCAAGGUUCAGUCCUUCGUCCUCUACUGUUCUCAAUCUAUACUGCCUCCCUUGGUAAACUCAUCAGCUCAUUUGGCUCCCAAUAUCACUUCUAUGCAGAUUACACGCAAAUCUAUCUGUCCCCCUCUUGACUAGUGUCUUUGACUGCCUCUCUAAUAUUUCUUACUGGAUGGCUGCCCACUUCCUUAAGCUUAACUUGUCCAAAACAGAACUUCUGGUCUUUCUUCCCUCAAGUGUUGCUACUCCCGUUUCUGUCUCCUUCCACUUUAAUGGUGCUACCAUCAGCUCCACCUCGCAGGCUCACUGCCUAGGUGUUCUCUUUGACUCCGACCUCUCCACCCCUCAUGUCCAGUCUAUCACCAAAUCUUGCCGCUUCCAUCUCAAAAGCAUUGCGCGCAUCCACCCCUACUUAACGCCAGAUGUGGCUAAGGUGCUAGUCCAUACCACUGUCCUCUCUUGCCUUGACUACUGCAAUCUACUUCUUGGUGGCCUUAUGUGCUCCCAACUUGCACCGUUGCAGUCUAUAAUGAAUGCGCCGGCAAGGCUCAUCUUCCUGUCUGCCUGCACUUCCCACGCCUCACCCCUGUCAGUACCUGCAUUGGCUUCCUGUAAGAUAUAGGGCUCAAUAUAAAAUUCGGGUUCUUACCUUUAAAUAUCUACAUAAUACUACUCCCACCUAUCUAUCCUCCCUAAUACACAAGCAUGUCCCGUCUAGGCCCCUACGCUCGGCUGAAGACCUGCGUCCCACCUCAUAUCCAAGACUUUUUAAGGGAUGCAUCGAUCCUGUGGAACUCCCUUCCCUUUUCCGUUAGACGCCCACCCAGUCUCCACUCCUUCAAAAAACAUUAACACUUUUUCACAAAAGCAUAUCAAUUAAACUGUUAAUGGCUCUUAAAAAACCCCACACAAAGUCUUCAUUGAAUACUAUUCUACCAAUCUACUUCCCUAAUACUUCCCUUACCUUUUGUGUCACUACCCGACUCCCUCUAGCAUGUAAGCUCAUUGAGCAGGGCCCCCAGACCCUCUGUUCCUGUGUGUCAAGCAUGUCUGGUUACAAUUACAUGUUUGUUAGUCCACCCAUUGUAAAGUGCUACAGAAUUUGUUGGCUCUAUAUAAAUAUAAUAAUCAUUAAAAAGGCUUAUGGCUAAUCAGGCUCUUCCAGACAGGCUCACUGCACAUUCCAUUUGUUCAGUAGCUAUCUGAUCAUUUGCAAUUUAAGCUUCUACGGUCCAAUUAUGUAAAGCCAAUUAGGCAAUCUUGCAAACAUUUCCUCACAUUGUAUUCAUGAUUUUGCUACAUUGAUGCUUCUUUUGGGAGGACUGUGUUCUGUUGGUUCAGUUUUUGUCACUCACUACCUACCUUGCAUUUUGGGGUGGCCUGUAACUUGCAAGUUCUCACCAUUCUAGCAAGUAUAGCAAAAUUGGUGUCUUACCUUGUAAAUUCAUUUCCUCCCUUAUGGCGAGAAUCUACGCGCCCUCCCCACUUCACUGCAUGUUGGUGUCUUGGCUGUGUUUGAAAUUCCAGGCUCACAUUGUUGUUUCUUCUUGCUGAAACUCCUCCUCUGCUUGUAUACAUGUAGAACUCAGGAUUAUAGAGGAGGGGCGGCGGAGCAUACUGAAUUAAUUGUUGCCUUAUGGGUUCUUCUGCCUCAUCCAGUGGAGAGGGACUUUACCCUGCUCCAUCUACCAGGAAAUGCAUUUAUUUGACACGUUUUGCUCGAACCUGGUUGGCUCCCUGGCGACUUGUUUAUCAUUCACAGAUUCAAAGAUUAAAAGGUCGUCCUCUGAAACUUGACAAAUCAUUAUCCUUACAGUAGCUGGUAUGUGUGAAUGGUUGCUUUUUCCUUAAUUCCUAAAUUACAGUAGCAAUCUGUAUAUGUAAUUUUCACCCUGCUGUCUUCGUUUAGAAGCUUGCAAUAGAAUUCGAACACUUUGUUUUAAUGUGUCAAAUUAAUUUCUAUAGUAAAAAUACAUUUGUUAAAUUUAGGAGAAACUGUCAUGUUUCUAUUUUAGAUAUUUAUGACAUCAGUCUUUCCAAUUUAAACAUAUCCUCCAUAUGGCUUUGUGAUAAAUCAAACAAAAGUAUAUGUAAAAUCAACUUACAUUUGCCAGCAGAACCAAGUAAUGAAUGUUAACGUGUGCUUUAUAUUAAUGGCAGUUUUCCCAUCAUUCUUCUGAUUCUUGCAAGUUGUUUAUAUUCAGGAAAAUCCAGCCACAUUGAGUUAGGUAGAGAAUCAUUUUGUUUUUAAAACUUCCAUGAGAUAAGUUGCAAAUCAUGGGAAAUGUAAGUUGAUAUGCAUUAAAUGCCCUCAAUAAAAGUUUUUUCAGAAGCCUUUUGUUAAAAAGUGAUUAGUUCAUUAACCAAAACAUAUUUUUGUGGCUACAUGUUCUGAUUUCAAUAUAACCCUUGCCAUUUGAAACUGUAUUUUAUAUAUAUAUUGAUUUAGAAAGAUGUCUCUUGUGUUUAAGACUUUAAAAUAUACUGGUGAUGGGUAUAAAUUCCUUGAAGGAUUUGGUUGUAUAGAAAGACUGUGUGCUAACAAAUCAUUAAGUCUCCCCCAACUCCCAUAAGCCUUUUACCAGCCCAAACCAAAUGGUUCAUAAAAAAUGUAGGAAAUUUUUAGCUUGGAGAUCCACUGAUCACCCCCAGUUUAAAGCAUGAUCUGCAUUUAGUGAUUUUACAUCCCCUACAUAUAGUACUCUGACCAGCAUUUAAUUCAGAAACUCAGCAGAUUACUGCAUAGCUAAUAUACUGUAUAGAAAUUGUAUUGAAUGUUAAACACAGGAUUCAGAGUCCUGCCAUGUUGCAAGUGGUGCCCAAGGGACAGUUUUAAUGGUGAAAAUAAUUAGAAAUCCACAGAUAUACUGCAGUAUUAAUAUAGCUUAGAUUUUGUGUUCUUAAACCAUUUUGUUCAGGAUUCAGAGGAUUUUAAUUUAUUUUAGAAUUUUAGAAUACUAAUACAAUUUUAAAUUUAAUUUUAUUACAGCCCUAUCAUCCUACUUUGAAGUAAUCAAGCUUGAUGACUUGCAAGUCAAACUAUUUUGUCUCUUAGACAAGCACUGAAUGCUCAGCUUGCUGUUCAUUUAGGACAGGGUUACCCAGAAGGUAGAUCCCCAAACGUUUUAAAACUACAGCUUUCAUGUUGCUAAGGAAUUCUAAAGACCUGCAAAGUAUUAUGGGAGUUUUAGUUCUACAGCAUCUGGGGAUCUACCUUCUGAGCAGCCCUGAUUUAGGACAUGCAGUCAGCAGGCAGCAAUGUCCUUAAGCCACUUUGGUGACAUCGAUACCUUUGAAAAUCAAAGGAGGUGAAGGAAAAGUGACUAUUAGCUAUCUGACCACCACUUGAGGCAGGUCUUUAGCUAAAUGUAAACAUUGCCAUUUCUUUCAAAAUUGCAGUUGUUUUUUUCACAUUCAGAGAAAAGUGACAACAUAUUCGCACCAAGACCACUACGUUAACAUUGACUAGUUUUGGUGUUUGGAUGUCUCUUUAAGCACUACUUUACACACUUACAAAAAGUACUGCUUUUUUUUUUUUUUUUUUAAAUCACCCUAAAAACUGUUGGUUAAUUUCCCGGAGCAGCUGGUGCACAUCUUCUAUUGUGUAGUAAUCUUCUCUUUUCUCUUGAAGAACGUUGAGCAAUAAUGCAAAUGGGGUCCAUGAUAAUAAAUGGACCCUUACUCAACUGCACUAGAGCCUCUACAUAGCCAUCCCAUAACUACGAUAUAGAAAAUGGGAAGUGAGUGCUUAAUUGGUGUCAUUCUGUGGUAACCCCUUAACAUGUUUCAGAAGACGUACAAUUUCACCCACCACAUUCCAUCUCCUGUGAUGAACCAGAAAUUGUCUAGAAUAGAUAUACAAAAUGAAUUAGCUCUGGUGUUUAUCUGGAUUCUAAUAGAUACUACAAGGCAGAAAACAAUUCUGACAGAUUCCCUUUGCCGUAGUAACACAAAUACCACAAAGCAUAAAGAACAGAAAUUGAACCAUAAAGCACUAUUAAGGUAGUUUUGCUUGUAGCUGGAUCAAUAUCUGAAAGACAAAAUGGAAAUCAUAGUGCAGUAUUACAAAUAAUCACUUAAAGGACAGCUGCCACCUCAAAAUGUUUUUUAAAAUAGUAAUCCUUUAAGUAUUAAAAGGAAAUAGAUUUUUUAAUGAAGUAUAAAGGAAAAAAAAAGAGUAAACAUUUAAUCUCUACCUCAUCCUAUGUUACAAAAUCUUUUAGCCAGAUACUGUACUUGCCCCUUGGGUCGGACAGUGUUUCAAAAGUUUUUGACGUUCCCUCCCAAGAUAUUGCAUGUUUCCCUGCAUCCACUCUAGCCAUUAAUAUGGAACUCUGCAAAGCUCUAUUAAGUGUGAGUGUGCACUUAUAUCCUUAUAUUUAAGUUUCAUUAGUAAUGCUGCACUGGGGUUUGUAUUUUUCCAUUUUGUUUUCCAGAUAUCGUUGCACCUCUCGCUCUUUAAAAUAUAAAGCCCUAGCAACAGAGCUUGUUUCACUCCAUAAUCCGUUUGCUUGUGAAUGUGUAUAAAGGAUGGAAUGACUGCACCAACAAUAAAACUGUUUUUUUUCCCUUGCAGUAAAUUAAGCUCCUUUAAUGAAGAAUACAUAAAACAUAAGGAGGAAUAUGAAGAAGCCCAGAAUGCAAUUGUUAAAGAAAUCAUUAACAUCUCUUCUGGUAAGUGUGGGGUUCCAAUUCAUUGUUAAAGGGAAACUAUAGUGCUAGUUGUAUAUCUAGCACUAUGGUACCCUCUGCCCCCCUGCAACUUUUGCAAGUUUUAUCAUAUAGCUCAAAACAAAAGCUUGCCUCACAAUUGGUUAAAUCAAAUAAUGACAUUUUAACUUUUAUAAAUACUUUGUCAAAUAUGUAAUUUAGAAAACAAUAUAUAGUUACCUAAUACCUAUGAGAGCAAUUUAAAGAUUUGUAGAAAUUUAACAUUAGCUGUUGCUUUUACUUUAACACCUUCCUGAUUCUAAUACUUUGCCUCACUAUCCAUCUGAAACAAAUUCUGCAGAAAAAUUAAACUUCAAGUACCAUAAGAAAAUAAUAAAUCGGGCAUCGGGACACUCCAGGGGUUUACUAAAGGGGGCUUAACCCUAGAUUAAACACUAAAUAGUUUAAGUGUAUACACUUCUUGGGAUUUUAAUAUGUGAUUUCCUCCCCUUGAUUUAGUACUGUAUAUACUUUAGUUACUUUGUACUUGUUAGCACUUACUAUUCAUACAUUUCCAGGUCACACUUACCCACAUUUAGUGGGCAUUGUGCGCAUAUUUGAAGAACUUAAAGGAACACUAUAGUCACCUAAAUUACUUUAGCUAAAUAAAGCAGUUUUAGUGUAUAGAUCAUUCCCCUGCAAUUUCACUGUCAUUUAGGAGUUAAAUCACUGUUUCUGUUUAUGCAGCCCUAGCCACACCUCCCCUGGCUAUGAUUGACAGAGCCUGCAUAUGAAAAAAAACUGGUUUCACUUUCAAACAGAUAUAAUUUACCUUAAAUAAUUGUAUCUGACUCUCUAAAUUGAACUUUAAUCACAUACAGGAGGCUCUUGCAGGGUCUAGCAAGCUAUUAACAUAGCAGGGGAUAAGAAAAUCUUAAUUAAACAGAACUUGCAAUAAAGAAAGCCUAAAUAGGGCUCUCUUUACAGGAAGUGUUUAUGGAAGGCUGUGCAAGUCACAUGCAGGGAGGUGUGACUAGGGUUCAUAAACAAAGGGAUUUAACUCCUAAAUGGCAGAGGAUUGAGCAGUGAGGCUGCAGGGGCAUGUUCUAUACACCAAAACUGCUUCAUUAAGCUAAAGUUGUUCAGGUGACUAUAGUGUCCAUUUAAAGUAGUUUUGACAGUAAUAAAAUUGCUAUAAUGUGUCUGCACUUAUCCCUAUUAGAGCAUGUUUUAAGAGUUUGUUUUACUUGUUACAUAAAUAUGGUUAUUGUGCUACAACCAUUUGCCUGUGAACAUUUGUGCAGCUGUAUAUAACACUGUAGUAAAGACCACGUGAAAUGUUCCUUUUCACAAAAACAGCAAAUUUUUUUUUAUUUUUUUUUAAUAAAUUCUCUCUCUGCUGUAUUCUUGACUAUUUUACCGUAAUUUUGCAGUUUGGAUUUUAUUUAAUAUUUGGGGUUUACUGGUUAAAAUUGUUCGUGCUGCUCCAUACCACAUGAUAAAUUUAUAAAAUCGCUGCAGCUGUGUUUCCCUCUAAUCUGUCUAGGUAUCUGUUUUGUUUAUGUAAAGGUUCAUCAUGGAUUUACUCUGCUUAAAUAUAUUGGCCGAUUAAAAAAAUAAAUAAAAAUCAUUGGCCGUUUGCUAUACAGUGUGUAGUGCAGGGCAUAGAUGUAUAUUUCCUUGAGAACCUCCCUUCCCCCCACCCCCAAUUACUAUUGUGUGCAAAAUAUAAAUUAAACAUAUCUCCCUAAAGACAUAGCAGCUAGUAUGUUUCUGACAGGUUAUUGGACCAUAGGGAUUCUGUUGUCAGAGAAACACUUACUGUGUAUGGAACUUGUUUUUAUUUGGAAUCCAUUUAAUAAAAGUAAAAUCCUCAUUUACUGCAAGUAAGUAAAUAAUUUGAUCUGUACAGUAAUCCCUUAAAUCAUCUCUAUGUAAUAAAGGUAAGCCCUCAAAAUCCACUAAAUUCACUACUGGAAUCAUUGAUUAAAUGUCAGGGUAGCUAUUGAAAUCUCCCUAUAGACAUGGACUGUUUAGUUCAGUGUUUCCCAACCCAGUCCUCAAGGCACACCUACCAGUCCAGGAUUUAGGGAUUACCCAGUUGUGUCUAAGGUGUUUUUUUUCUUCUUUGUAAAAACACCUUAGACACAACUGGGUAAUCCCUAAAUCCUGGACUGAUAGGUGUGCCUUGAGGACUGGGUUGGGAAACACUGGUUUAGUUUAUCAAUGACAUGCCACAGUAAGCUAAAAUACGAACCUACCGUCAUUUCUUCAUCCUACAGUGUGUUAUUUGGCCAAGUUUAUGAGAGUGAGUGUGUAACUUUAAAAAUUCAACAACAUUAGAGACCAUACAGAUGAGACCACAAGGUUGAGACUCUACAGUCCAUUACAGAUCUCUGGUCACUAGUCCUUGUGGAUCACAACUCACUAAGCUAUGGAUUUAAAAAACAAAAACAAAAAAAACAAGCCUGUACUGUUCUUCCCUCUCGCAUCUCUUACACCCACUCUUCUACCACCUUCUAUUCUUUGUAAUAUACUAGCCUUCUAUUACUGGGACAAGCUCCUACCUCACAUCCAGUCAACCACUUCUCUCUCAUCCUUCCUCAAAUUUCUGACGAGACACCAAAAAAUUUUCAAUGACACAAUAACUCAUUCCUCUGGUUGGCCCCCCUCAAUUCACCUGAUCUGUUCCCAUACCAAUAUCCCUCUUCUACCUGUGCAUCUUUCAUCCUGUUCCUUAUUUCCCCUAGCCAUAACUCAAUAUGUUUUUUGUUGAGGAAAAUAUAUACCAUAGUUCAGUAAAACUUUUAUUGUUUUAUAAUUUGUUUAAUGUAACCUUGCUGUUCUUGUAUGUUCAAUAAUUUACUGUAAUUAUUAUUUAGUCUAACAUGAUAUUUCCUCCAAGUAUUAUACCCAAACUUUGACCUCGAUUUUUAUAUUGUAGGAUAAGCUUUACAAACUAUUUAAUAUUUGUAGAUAAACUUUUUAAAUUAAGUUUUAUUUUUUAUUUUUUAUAAUUCUUUAUUUUUGGUGCGCAGCAAAUUAUUCAGAAGCCUGCCUUGUCACAACAACAAGGACGGGCACAAUUGUGAUAUUACAAUGUAAAAUGUAUCAUACAGUGAACGAGGUUUGCCAGAAACUGGUACAUCAUUGAGGACAUUACACACUUUUUUAAAUAUAUGUAGUAGGGUUGUAGCCCUGGUUGGGGAGUCGGUGCAUACUAGCGUAUUUAGAUUAUGUGAUGGUGAUCCUCUACCAGGUCGAUUGGAGGCAGUAUGUAUGGGCUAGCUAGAGUGAGUGGAUGCGGGGUUUUAACAUUCUGGGUGCUUGUUAAUAACGAGUGAGUGACGUGAGGGUGGUUGUAGAGUGUUGGUUUGUAGCUUCGUAGCUCAUGAGUGUUGGGUGUGAGGCAGUCGUUUGGGUAGCCAAAGUGGUGGAGUAGGUGGUGUCAGGAGGACUAUUUGGUUCCCCAAAGAGGUAAGCGCCCCUAACCAGGGGGGUGGUGGGGGGCGGGUUGUCCACCUCUGGUAGAUGUGCUUAAUGUGUAUGUACACUCGAGACAGAACUGCUCCCAGUAGGGCCUGGCCAUGUAAGGUAUGAGUACCAAAAGGGUAACAUGUUAGUAUUUUGGCAACAGAGAGAACUAAAGCGAAAAGUACAGAUACAGAACAUAGAUGAACUGUUGCAGAUUACUUCCAAACGUGGAGCGGUGUCUUCUCCCUUAUCAGUCAGGUGGCUGGUGUGGAUCUUGGCACAAAUGGUACUGCUGCUUCUGGGUGCCAGGCUUGGGUGAGAGGUGUAGUAGAGGUGGCGGGUGUGGCGCCUGUAAGACCCAGAGCCUGGAGCAGCGCAGUCAGGCGUGUCAGCAGCACUGUAUAUGCUCCAGUUGCAGAGGAGCCCCUCGAGGUAUGCGGGCGCCUGUUAGUAGUAGGCCCCAGACCUGCGUUUCGGCUUCCCCUGCUUUGGGGAGUAUAGGAAAGGCAUCAAUGGAUGCUGCAGAUGGUCCCCAGUCCGUUCCCGCAGGUAUUGGAGCCGGAUGGGUCUGGUAAGCAGAGGGAUUGUGCUGGAUUUCAAUGCCUGGUCGGGAGCUACCAGAAAUGGCGUCUCUCCUGUUUCGCGGUUAGGCUCUGCCCCAAAUGUUUUUUGUUUUUUUAAACAUGUUAAAAUUUAUCUAAAAAUAUUACAACAUUAAAAUAUUUUUCAUACUUUUGAAUUAUUUUAAAAGUUUGUCCAAAAAUAUAAGAGGCCUAUAUCGCAACUCAAUGAAUAGAUCAAAACAGUUUUUUCACUUGUCGUUUUUUGCUCUAUGUAAAGCACUCUGGAUAAGGGCAUAUACACGAAUUGUUAAAUAAAUAAAACGGUACCUGCAGAAAUGCAGCAUGAAGUCUGAAACAUGAUGCCUGUCUGUGCGCAUUUGCCCAUCAACCUCGGAACUCUGGGAUAGUUGUGGACACAUGAUAUCUGGUGUUUCAGUGCUUAUGGUGGCCUUUCCAAAGUCCAAAUUUGAAAUAUGCAUGUGGUGCACAACAGUAAUUUAUCCAUUUGUACUGUGGGAAGUUUUGUCACCAUAAUAUUUUGGCAUCUAUUGUAUAUAUUUCCCUUUGUUACUUGACAAGGCGUGUGCAUAAUAAGAUUUCAUUGAAUAAAACGUUAGGUGAUUGUAACUCGGUAGUUAAAAGCAGUGCACACUUGUUGUUGUAGAAUUUUUGCUCCUGUGCUGCUAAGCCGGUCACAUCCAUUCCUGAGCGUCUUGGGACAGUCUUAGAGCUGUCUGUCUAUUAAUCCUUAUCUAAACGCUAUUCAAUACAUAUUUGAAACAGGGAUGUGAAAUUUGAAUUGCCUGACGUCUGAGACAUGCAGUUCCGGGUGCCGGGCAUGCUGUUCAUUUGGGAGUACUAUUAGGAGGACCGUGUUAGUGGCAAGUCGUGUAAGUGCUAUACAUUCUGCACUUGCAGACCUCUUUAGACGAUUAAUCAGCAGUUCCCACGCACACUACAGACUCCCAGCAUACUCUGACAGUGCUGGAAGCAUGAGAAGCAAUUACCAGGGUUGUGAUCUGAGGCAUGUGCUCCAUGUAUUGGAGCCUGGUAAAGUUUAGAAAAGAUUUGACUUGGGUGAGAGUAAGAGAUGCAGCACACAAACACAACAUACAGCCAGUAAACACCACACAUACACAGAAUACAGCCUGCACUCACUACACACAGGCAGCACACAUAAACUACAUAGAGCCAGCAAACACCAUAUAUAUUACACCCAGCCAAAACACACGCUGAAAAAAAAAAAAAGCCUGUUGUGACUAGCCGAGUUGGCGUAUUCUUCCAGAACUGCUAUUUUGGUCUGUUUCUUCUUUCAGUUUAAUCCUGGAAAAUUUCCAGAGUUUAGGGAAUAACCCUGCCAAUGCCCAGGUCGAAGCAGCAACCCCAAACUUUCUAAUUUAACAUUUUGUACUCAAACAAGUGUAUUGUGACAGACACAUAGAUUGGGCAACCACUUUAGUCCCUUGGACAAGUAGAUUAUUUUUACAUUUCCACACCCCUGUAUGAAAGCAGCACACACACAUUAAUUCAUUCCCAAUUUCUUUCAGCUCUCACUUUUGGACCCAUCUUUUGCUAUUUACCUCACUGUUUCUCUGUAGUUACACCAUUUUAUCACUUCACGGUUUCUUGAUUUACCAGCUUUAAAUCCCCUCAUAUCGGUCAGUAUUGCUUCUGAACAAAAAGUGAGUUCUCGAACGAUUCUCCAAUAAAAAGUAUCCGUGCACACCAAAAUACUCUUAUUAUUCUGACAUAUCAGUUACUGAAUUAACAAUCAGCACGGCUAUUCCAGCCUUUGCCACACACCCUUUCUCUCUCAGGUUUGUGUGAUAUGUAAAGAGCUGCCUAAUUAAAUUGGUAUUAAGCUAAAUAAUGUGGUGUCAGUCAUUCUUUCCGUUUCAGUAAUAAAGGAGUGGCCCAGCAUGCAUUAAAUGAGACUAAAUUGCCAUGAGGUUUGUUAUGGUCUAGUUCAUAUUCCCUGAUCGAAAUUGCCAGGAAAUUGUUUGCUCUCUCAGUUGGAAAUGUGCUGAGUGAUUGAGUUGCAGGGAUCUGUCUUACUAAUGAUAUAUUUCCAGCUGUGUAGUAAGACGUUGGUUCUGUCCCGUGGCUCUUAUUCCGUAGGAAUGUAGGAGUUGAUACUAUUCUAUAGAAUAAUAAAAAUUCAAUGGUUGUUUUCUGCUAAUCCAUCAAGCUACAUGUGCUUGCUUGUAACUGGUCUUUUAAAAGCAUGUCACUAGACCCAAAAAAAGUAAUAUAUUUUUUCUUUUAAGGUAUAGACCUUUGUGGCAACGUAGGUGUAUGUAAUAUUGUAAUAUUGUACUUAAACGACCACUCUAGUCACCCAAAGCUUUUAACCCAGCAAUGUAAAAUGUAUUUUUAAUUUUUUUUCUGGAUUUGAAAUUUUUUAGUUGAGGGUUUAAAUACACCUUUAGUGGUUGUACUGCUGAUAGCCACUAGAGGCACUGCUGCUGCAUUGAGCUCAGCCACAUAAUGUGGGAACUCAUAGAAAAGCUUUGACUAUCAAGUUAACUCAUGAGGUUGCCAUCUAAAAUGAAUUCAUAAUGGGAAGUUGGCACGAAAGGAUUGCUGGGGUAUUUGGUCAGAGAUUAGUCCAAACACAGUGUAGCUUGUGAGGUAAUUAAAGGACCACUAUAGUGCCCUGAGGGUGCCCACACCCUCAGGGUCCCACUCCCGGGCUGGAUGGCGAGGAAAGGGUUAAAGCUUACCUUUUUUCCAGCGCCGGGCGGGGAGCUCUCCUCCUCCUCUUCGGCUGAAUGUGCAUGCUAUGGAUUAUGGCGUCUUCUCACUGUGAAAAUCACAGUGAGAAGCACGCAAACGCCUCUAGCGGCUGUCAGUGAGACAGCCACUAGGGGCUUUAGAGGCUGGAUUAACCCUAUUAUAAACAUAGCAGUGUCUCUGAAACUGCUAUGUUUAUUAAAAAAAAAGGGUUAAUCCUAGAGGGACCUGGCACCCAGACCACUUCAUUAAGCCUACCAGACAUCAGACUCUCCUUAGAGAGGCCCAUGCCACCAGCACUGUCCAAGAUGGCGCCUGAGGCCCAGAGCAACCAGGAAGCCUUGCAGGAUUCCCACGACGAGGAGGAAGUACUCACCUCUCCUCGGGCCAGUGGAGAGUACCAGUCCUCAGAUGAAGACUCCACUCCGUCUACUAAAGGAGACCUCAAGGCUCUUGGUCGACCUGAGAGAGGUCUAUAAGGCUGAUCUUCGAGAGGCUCAGGCUGAAAUUGUAGUGAUUAACCAAAAAAUUACGGCAGUGGAAGUGAGUGAGAUGGCCAGCUCCAGGAAGCAGAGAGCAAAAUCAAGGGGCUCACCCAGCAAGUCCACCAACUGAGUCGCGCAGUAGCCACACUGGAGGCCCGCCAUAGACAUCGGAACAUCCGCCUCCAAAGUAUCCCAGAGAGUGUGGGAGGAGAGGUGCUGCUGCCCUUUGUCCAGGGACUGACCACCUCCUUGCUCUGGAUUUUGACUUUUAUUUACCAGUUUUGGCUAACAGCCCUCUGCAUUGAAUAUUGAGUUAUCCAUGUCUGUGCUUUUUGCUGUUUUAACUCUAGCUGGUUGCCUGUUCCUUUAGACUCUGCCUGUAUGCUGGUCUUUUUUGUUUUCAUCGCUAUUUUUCUUUGCUGAACCUGGCCAUGCUAGAGAUCUAGAAUUUAUCCAUUUUAAAACUGCUUUGGGUUCAGCAAAGCUUUAGUUUUCAAUGCUGUGUGCCUCUUUCUCUUGGGGAAAUGGUCCACUCACUAGCGUACCCCCUGGAAUUACUAUAGUCCUUUCCCACAGUCUGCCUUCAGCACAUACCUGUACAGUGGUAGAUUACAAGCCGCAGUUUAAUAUUUAUAAAGACCAACAUAUACUAUAACUCUGUUCAGUUGAGCGAAGGCAGACAUGCCGAUACAAAAGGAACAGACAACUUAAAAUCUAACAUUAACGACCCGUUUACACAAAAGAUGUUCCAAUCCAAACUAAUGUACAUAUUCAGCAAUCUUGGGCUGUUUUUAAGUUGUUUGUUGGUUAGAAAAUGUUGAUCCAACAGGGGGGUAAGAAUGAGGAUAAUAUUUUGGAUGCAAAUAAGCUUGAGUGUUUUUGAAAAUAUAUUUUUGAAUCACUGUAGUACUGUGUGCAUUUAUGUACAUUGCCCUGCUCUGCCAAUGAACCGUUUCUUGACAUUUUUACAGGAUAUGUUGAUCCAAUUCAGACAUUGAAUGAUGUCAUUGCUCAACUUGAUGCGGUUGUCAGCUUUGCAUACAUUUCUAAUGGCGCACCAGUACCAUAUGUUCGCCCCAUCAUCUUGGAGAAAGGACAGGGAAGAAUCGUACUCAAGUCUUCCAGACACCCAUGCAUCGAAGUGCAAGAUGAAGUUGCGUUCAUCCCCAAUGAUAUUACAUUCGAAAAGGAGAAGCAGAUGUUUCAUAUUAUCACAGGUACCUCUUAAGCAUCUGUUUUAAUUCAUUAACCUACUAUCUUCAAUUUCUAAAAGUAUUGUUCUAAAGACUCACAAAUUUGUAACAACCUGACUUUCAAACAUUUAAAUUUUAAUUUGAUACACAAUAUAAUGUAGUCAAGACAUUUAGUCUUUGUUUUGUUUUUUGAGAACUAAACCAAAAGCACAGUUGAUAUAUGUAUGUAUUUAGCAAUCCCUAGCAGGACCUGCAUGUAUACAUUUGAUUUGAAUAUUUCUGUUUUUGAUGCAUUUGUUAUGGUAAAGAUCUUCCUCUUUGCUGCAAUGCUAUAAAUUAUUUCAUAUGCAAAUAAACUAAUAUGACAUAGAAUGUCUAGAGUUAUAGUCAAUGAUCAUUCAACUAUCACAUCGUCCUUCUUUGUAGACAUUUAGAACACAUCAAAACCAGUACUGCGUGCAGUAGAUCAUUGCUUAUACUUAAUAAUUGACCUCUGAAAGCACAGAUUCUUCCAUUCUAGACACAUAAGACUGAUUUUCUUACAGAUUAGACAAGGAAAAGCAAAAUUGCCAGUUAUGUUUGCUACUUUCCCCACUGCUCACACACCGCAUAGAAUAUUUAUUCAGUUAUCUAACAUCGUAUUAAGUCAAUUAUUAAAUGAAUGGAAUAUGUGCUUUCUCUAUGAUCUAUUUCCAGGUCCAAAUAUGGGAGGUAAAUCCACCUACAUCCGGCAGACCGGUGUGAUUGUGCUUAUGGCACAGAUCGGCUGCUUUGUACCAUGUGACUCUGCCGAGGUUAGCAUAGUGGACUGCAUUCUCGCUCGCGUUGGGGCUGGAGAUAGUCAACUGAAGGGAGUGUCAACUUUUAUGGCUGAGAUGUUAGAAACUGCUUCCAUUCUCAGGUAUUUUGUCAUUAUUUCCUCUAGUUAUCGUGCUAUAUAGUAAAAACUGUGUUAAACAUAUAAAUGGUUCAUGUAAAACUUAACAUUGUGGCUUUUUGUCACCUCAGAAUAUUUCCAGGUUAACUUUAGAGAGAGUCAUUGCUGGAUUUGGCAUUUAAAAACACUGUUAUAGGAAGCCAGAUCCAUACAGCUUUCAUUUUUAAUGUAAUACAUUUUGGUAUAACUACUCCGAUUAUUUUCAUUCCAAGAGAGACCACACUCUCUACAAUGGAUUCCUUGAAAACAAAAUGUGGUGGUGAGCAGUAUUGCUUAAUUCAGAGUAUUGUGGUAGAGAGAACAGCUCAUUCAGAGAGAUUGAAUUGAAUGCAGGGACUGCUUCAUUUGGAGAGCUGGGAUAGAGAGCGAGGAUUGUUGAAUUCAGAGAGAUGGGAUAGAGAGCAGGGAUUGCUGAAUUCUGAGAUAUGGAAUGGCGAGUAUGGAUUUCUGAAUUCAGAGAGAUUGGAUAGAGAGCAGGAACUGCUGAAUUCUGAGAGCUGGGAUAGAGAGCAUGGACUGCUGAAUUCAGAGAGAUUGGAAUGGGGAGCAGGAAUUGCUGCAUUUAAAUAGAUGGGAUGAGCAGGAAUUGCUGCAUUUAAGAUGGGGAGCAGGAAUUGUUGCAUUUAAAUAGAUGGGAUGGGCAGCAGGAAUUGCUGCAUUUAAAUAGAUGGGAUGGGGAGCAGGAAUUGAUGCAUUUAAAUAGAUGGGAUGGGGAGCAGGAAUUGAUGCAUUUAAAUAGAUGGGAUGGGGAGCAGGGAUUGCUGCAUUUAAAGAGAUGGGAUGGGGAGCAGGGAUUGCUGCAUUUAAAGAGAUGGGAUGGGGAGCAGGAACUGCUGAAUUCAGAGAGAUUGGAUAGAGAGCAUGGACUGCUGAAUUCAGAGAGAUUGGAAUGGGGAGCAGGAAUUGCUGCAUUUAAAUAGAUGGGAUGAGCAGGAAUUGCUGCAUUUAAGAUGGGGAGCAGGAAUUGUUGCAUUUAAAUAGAUGGGAUGGGCAGCAGGAAUUGCUGCAUUUAAAUAGAUGGGAUGGUUUUGAAGACCCUGGAUAUCCUUGUGCAAAGUUAAGGAUGUCCUGCGCCGGUUCAUGAACUUAAACUCCAUGUAAAUGCAGGAAGUGCCUGUAGAGGCUGUCUGAGAGACAGUCAAUAGAGUUAUUCUUAACCCUGCAAAAUAGGCAUUGCAGUUUCUCUGAUACUGCAAUGUUUUACACUGCAGGAUUAACGGGACAGGUGCACUGCAUUCAGACUACUUCAAUGAGAUAAAGUAGUCUGGGUGCCUAGAGUGUCCUUUUAAUUCAGAGAGAUAGCAACAGAGAGCAGGGUUGCUUAAUUCAGUGAGAUGUUGUGGAGUGAAUAACUACUUAAUUCAGAGAGAUUGGACGCACAACAGAACUGCUUAAAGGACCACUAUAGGCACCCAGACCACUUCAGCUCAUUGAAGUGGUCUGGGUGCCAGAUCCCUCUAGUUUUAACCCUGCAGCUGUAAACAUAGCAGUUUCAGAGAAGACAUUGAGAAAUGCUUUCCUUUGGAUGGAUUGAAUGCGCACACAGCUCUUGCCGCGCAUGCGCAUUCAGCUCUGACGUCAAGAGGGAGGAAAGUUCCACAGCGCCGAGGGAGCCCGGUGCUGGAGAAAGGUAAGUGAUUAACCCCUUCAGCCUCCUGGAACCCUGAAGGUGGGGGACAGGACCUAAAGACCCUAUAGUGCCAGGAAAAUGAGUUUAACCCCUUAAGGACCAAACUUCUGGAAUAAAAGGGAAUCAUGACAUGUCAUGUGUCCUUAAGGGGUUAAAGGACCACUAUAGGCACCCAGACCACUUCAGCUCAAUUAAGUGGUCUGGGUGCUAGGUCCCACUAGUUUUAAUCCUGCAGCUGAAAACAUAGCAAUUUCAGAGAAACUGCUAUGUUUACACUGCAGGGUUAAUCCAGCCUCUAGUGGCUGUCUCCCUGACAGCCACUAGAGACGCUUCCGCAAUUUACACUGAGUAAAUCGCACUUAUUUGACACUGGACGUCCUCACGACCUCCAGCGUCAAAAAAGAUCCUGAUAGGAAAGCAUUGAAUAAUGCUUUCUUAUGGGCGGGUUUGAAUGUGUGUGCGCGUGCCUCUGGCCACACAUGCGUAUUCGGCUCCACUUUGGAGCUGACGUCGGCGGGGAAGGAGACGUCACCUGCACCGAGGGAGUCCUGCGCUGGAUUAAGGUAAGUGGCUAAGGGGUUUUAACCCCUUCAGUGCCGAGGGAGGGGGGCACUCCAAGAGCCUAUAGUGCCAGAAAACUGGUUUGUUUUCCUGCCACUUUAGGAUCCAUUUAAUUCAUAUAGAUGUAUUGCAGAGCAAAACUACUAAAUUCAGGUUAAUGUGACAAUAUAAGGACUUCAUUUGAAGAGAUUGGUUGUGGAGCAGAACUGAUUAAUUCAAAAGGAUUGUAAGCACAGCAGAACUGCUUAAUACAUAGCAGUAUAAUAUGGAGUAAAACUGCUAACUCUUGGAAAGGUGGUUAAUUGAGAGCAAUGAGAUACAGAGUAAAGAGUAAAACUGCUUAAUUUAGAGAAAUUGGAUGCAGAACUGCUUUAAUUGAGGAAUCAGGAUGAUCCAUGAAGCUGCUUAAUGCAUAUGGCUUCUGUUCCAUUAGUUGUAAUUCAGCAACACCUUAAACUCUCUAUAGUAAAUAGGUUAAACUGCAUACCUGGAACUGGACAUAACAUAUUCCCAGAGAGGUCUUGGGCUUGCUGCUGUUAUAUGCCUUCUAAUUCUUUAUUAUACAGAUUUACUAAAAAUGUUUACUAAUUAAGAAGUUAUUUUUCUGAUAGGAAAUGUUGGUCUUAAAGGUAGAUGAAGUUAUAUUCCUCUGUGAAUCCUCCAUGUGCCUCCUUAACCACAUCACAACCUUUUUAUAAAAUGUGUGAUUGUGCAUCUAUGCUAUGCUACAGAGUCUGUAUUCCUCCUCUAUAGCAAAUAUUAAUCUAAUGAAGACCACAAGCCUCUAAAACACAAAGUAGAUUUAAGGAAUUCUCAUGGAAAAUCAUUGAUUGCAAUGCACGUGCCAUGUGUCCCCAAACUUCUCUAUGAGAAGCUUUGGAUUGACCAGGUGAUCAUGAGAACUCGCAGAGUUGGAUCAGAGCUGUGAUAAGGUGACUCUCUCCACUGGAUCAGAGUAACCUCAUUUUUAUAGGCACUGCUAGUAUCCCAAUAAUCUAAAUUUACUUUUAAACACUCCAGCAUUAUGAAUAAAGGUUUUUGUGUAUGGAAAGCUCUGAUUUUGGUGUGUAUUUUGUUAAAGUAUUCCUUUAUAGGCACAUCAGCCUCUUUUUAUUCUCUACUUAAAAUACCUGAAGGUUUCCAAGUUGGAUAUAUAUCUUUAGUCCUCCUUCAGUCCCAAACAGUUGUGCGGCAUACUCUCAAAGUUCCCCUCUUCAUCACUAGGGAGUUACUUUUUGUAUACAUUAAGAUUAGACUCAUCGUAUGCUUCCAUUUACCAAGUUUCUCCUUGUAUAUAGGACUGGAUAUAUUUAAUGUCUUAAAACUAGAAGAUUUACUUCUCAAUAUAAUCAACUUCUAGAGGUCUUUCUCACUGUUCGUCAUAUGUAUAGAUGUAUAUGAUUUUUUGGAGAAUGAACCACAUAUUUACUGUAGGUCUUUGGAUCCAUAGCAUAUCGGUGAUUGCCCACAUUUAUCAGCAGUGCCCUGACUUUACUCCAGUUUAUGCUUUUUUUUUCUCUCGUUUUCAUAGCUCAUCAUCCUUUUUAACAUCAUGUGCAUAUUGAUUAAAACGUUUCCUGGUAAUGUGCCUUCUGCAAACAUUUCUUUCAAAAUGUUCAGCAAACCACUUGUAUGCCAGUGGAAAUAUUAACUGGGAUUUGUUGGUGCAGUGAAUGUUUGUAAAAUAUUUACCCAUCCCAAAAGGAAAUCUGCCCACUCCAAUCAGUGUUAUGGACUCUCAACAGCAUAUACCACGUGAAUGACAGAAAUGGUAACUUACACAUGGUGACAUUGGUUGAAAAAACAUAAAGGACAACUAUCACCUCAAAACAAUAUCCUUUCUUUGGGUUUUGGAAGAAAAUAGAUUUCCCCCCCCUUUUUAUUUUUAUUUAUAUUUUUUUAAAAUACAGUAUAUGUUAAAAAAUUAAAGCCUCAUCCCUACCUUUAGUAUAUGUCAGGGGCCCAUGCACUUAAGGCCACACAGUUCGCAUUUCAUUUAAAAAACAAACGUUCUGCUUAAUGUUGCCUACAUUUUUUUAAUAUUAAAUGACUAUGAAAAUGUCUCCUGUGCAAGAGAUGAAUACAAGAGGAUACUGAGAAUGAUUGAAGCUUGUAAGAUCGUUUAAACUGAAAGCUGAGCAAAUGAAAUGAUACAUGAAUACUGUAAUGAAAAGCUGGAUGGCCUAGCUGUGGCUAUAAAUUUUUGCCCUUGGGGGCCCCAGCGUAUAUGCAAGCGGUAAGAAAUGCCCCUCAGCAGCAAUAAACAUUAGGCUAGAGUAAAACAAGAACAGAAAGAUUAUAAACAUACUGAAAAUAAACAUGGUGAAGGCAUUGAAAACAGCAGCAGCAAGAGUCUUGAUUCAACCAACCCCAUACAGAGGUGCAGGGCAGUCCUGAUUUGGUCUGGCUGCCUGUGUGCACCAUGACCUCAGUGUCAGCAGGUUGUGUUUCCAGGCAAUGUGGUAAUGCCAGCUAAGUGAUGGUGGUGAUCUCUCCUGUUGUGGGCCAUUCUUCUGAGACACUGCCCGAGCAGGACGGCAUGGGCCACUGUCUUCAGGCAUGCGGCCUACCGCAGCUGCCGUUUCAGACUGCACCAAAUGCUGCCACUUAUCACAGGCCCAUUCUUUAGCCAGAGUCUACGCUUCCCUCUGGAACCUGGGCGGUGAGUCCUGGGGUGUAUGUUCACUUCUCUCCUGCCUGACCCUCAGUCGCGGAUAUCGGUCCAGUUUGUCCCAGAAUUCCAAAAAGAUCUGGUCUAGUUUGCAGGUAAGCUCAGCCCGUUCUUUACUGCUAUCCGUUUGACACAAGGUGUCUGCCAUUUUAGUUUUCCGUUCAUCUCAGUAGAACAACAGCUUUGAGUUGCAGUGCCAGAAUGAAGACCAGUAUAACCCCCACCGGACCAAAGGAGUGGGGGGAACGUGGCCCGUACUACAUAGCGAAUCAGCAGUCCACCCCACUCACUACCUAAGUAGGCCUCCGCUACCACAAUGUUGAAGCACCCUCUAAGGUGGCCAGCAUUCACAGGAAAGGUGUAGCUUUGGUUCCAACACCUCUGUGCACGUAGGGCCGCUGCUGCAAGGCUGUCUUUAAGUGUGUGAAUUGCAGAAUUUCAGAUUGUCAAGAAUCUGCAGGAACUCGUGGUCCGCACCACUUCCCCCGAUGGGCAUGUGUGAUUGUGUGUGCACGGCAGUGUGUAUCUGAGUGUUUCAGUGUGUAUGUAUCCAUAUCUGUGUAUGUUCAAAUGUACAUUUAUCCCAGCAAUGAAGCGCACACAUUACAUGCAAACACACCCGUACAAUCAAAUGCAAGUAUUACAUAUAAACACAGUCCCUGCAGUCAAAUGGCAAAAUUAUAUACAUACACACCCCUCCACUCAAAUACCAACACUACACAAGAAAGGACACCUGCAUUUUAAAAGCCAACACGACAUACACAAACAUGCCUACAUUCAAACACAAACAUUACAUAGAAGUACACCACUGCAUUCCAUUGCCAUUGGUACGUACAAAUAUACCCCUACAUGCACUCACACAUACUCCAUACAAAAACUGUUCACAAAUACAACCCUAAAGAUGGGCAAUAAUAGAUCUCCAGCUGGCAUAGCAUCACAGGAGUUGUACGACAGAUGGGUAUCUGCUUUUUGGCCACCCUUGCGCUACAUGGGGGGGCCUAAAAUAAUUUCUUGCAACAGAGCCCUCUGACUCUACUAAAACAGGCUGCAGUAUGCAUUGUGCUUGGAGUGAUCCUUUAAGUCUAUUUAGUUCAGAGUUUCAUCUCUCUUUCUGCAAUUGAUCCAUAAGCAAAUCUUGCUUAAUGCAAUUAUUAAUUUUGCCAAAAUUAAAGGGAAAUGAUGGCUGGGGGGGAAAACCUCCUUGAUCAGUUUUAUUUUUUUCUUAGAUCCACAAGCUAUUAUUCCACUUUUUAUAAAUGAUUACACUUUCAUUUGUUGAUAAAAAGGUAAUAGCAUAUUUAAAUUAUAUUCUAUAGAUUACUUGGAUUAUAGUGCAUGUAUAUUAAGAAAGUUACUGUACUCCUUAGCCUGGCAGGUUAGGCAGAGCAACAGUAUUUUUUUUUCUCAAAGGGAUACUGUAUGAAAUCCUGGACCUUGUCUAUCAUUGAUCUGUCAAGAUACCAGUUAAUUAGUGUGCAUAUAAGAAAAUAAAAUGCCAUAAAAGAGAAAAGGUAGGGAUGUCACUUGCAUGUCUCACACCUAAACAGAAAUGUAAAUGCCAAGUGUUAAAUGUUGAGUUUAAAUAACAAAAGUUCUUUAUAGCGCAGUUCCAGUUUGACAUGUUGAUGCCUUGGAGAACCUUAGAAUUUCUGGCAGUUCUUUUUUCCUUUUCUUCCUCCCUUCUCAAGCGUUUUUAUUGGGUUCCUGUGUACGGAGAACAGAUUCCUCUUGUUUAUAUGCUAAACCAGUGACCGUUUCUUUUGAACUGUCUUAAAGGGACCGUCAAGCAAAUGCUUCUAAACAUGUACAUUUGCAUUUUGAGCUGUUUUAUUUAGAAAUGCUGUCAGUGCACUUGCUGUGUUGCUCACUGAACCAAACCAUGUUUAUUCUACAUGUGGAUCAUUGCACAUGUAAAGGGUGAAUUUGCUGAUCGCAUGGAGAUUGAGUCCUCUAUUCUGAAACUGGGGAAGACUGUGUUUAUAUAGCAUUUACUUUCCUGGUACAGCUCAGAACUCUGUAAAGAAUACAAAUCAAAUGUAAUUUUAUUUUGUUGUUCAGUGUAACCCAUUAUUGAAGGUAUAGCACACUUCAUGUAUAUCUGUACAGUGCAGCUUUGUUCUCUAACACACUAGAGCAGGGCUGGGCAAACUGUAGUUCCCCUAAUGUUGUAUAACUUCAAUGCCAUGAUGUAUUGCCAGCAUUUAGAAUGGCAAAGCAACAUGAAAGCUGCAGCUAUACGACAUACCAUUUGCCCAGCUCAACACUAGAGUUGUCCUUUUAGUUGUUUCACUUUAAAUCCCAUAUACUGGAGUCAAGUCAAAACAAGAAAGCUUGCUUAACUCUCCAUAUCUCCAUAUAUGUAUGCAAUAUGGCUUGAUAAACAUACUUUGGAGAUUGGUUAAAAAAUUGUAGAUUAUGCUAACGUAGUGUACUUAUCUUAAUUUUAAUGAUGACAGGAGGUGAGUAUGUUGCAUAACAUUUCUUAUGCCUCCAGCAGCACAAUCAUAACACUUUAACCAAUCAAAAACAAGUAACUUAUCCAUAUGAAGCCCUGAUAGGCAUAGCUCUUUCUUUGAUGUGAAUUAACAGUCUAACAUAACAUCAGACACCAUAGCGCAAAUCUUGAAGAACUUUGGUAGUCGCAGAUAGAGCUGAAGAGUGAAGUAAUCCAACUUGUCCACUCUUGAGACCGCAGAUGAAGGUCAUACUAAAAAGAACAGAAACAAGUGAAAGGUGGUGGCAAUAAACUGUUGUCCACAUACCAUCAUUAAGUUUUAUUAAUUCUAUAUAGGAAUAUUUAUCAUUAAACAUACUAAUAUAGAAGUUGUACCAAUACUGUACAUAUUAUAGCUAUGAAGUGUACACUAAUCUUGAAUAACAAACCAAAACCAUCCAUGUAUCUAGACAAAAACAACCAGUAUGAACCACAUUAAUUUGAGUAAAUGAAAAGAAUGCAUUCCAGUUCUAGUACAAUAGUUGUAAAAGGGUGGUAAACCCAGGGAGGGAAAAUACUUGCCUCCUGUCAUUAUUAAAAUGAAUAUUAUAGGUACACUAUGUUAGGAUAAUCUACAAUUUUACUACAUGACAGGAGGCUUCAUGUUUUGUAUUUUUAACACUGUGGUAGAAGAGCAAAGGAAGCGUGUGAAGUUUGACGUAAAUAAAAAAAAAAAAAAAACACCCCGGAAAUGAUCUUCCCGUGUCCAAUCCGCGGCACGGAGAACAUUGGCCAGGGAGGCCACUGUCCUGAAUUCCCGAGACGCAGCUGCGCCUCGCACAGAGUGAGUGUCGUAAAAGGUCACCACGCCAGCUAGGGACAAAAGCCAAUGUACCCACCUAGCUAGUGCGGUGGUAGUCACCGGUUUCAAUGGCUUGGUAUAAGAAACAAGAAGUUGACCCGAUUAGGAAGAGCGUAGAGGUGUAGUAACCUCCACGUAACUCAAUAAAGUGUUCACCUCGCAGGAACUGGGAUCCGUCAGAAAAAAAUGGAUAUGACACAGAUGUAGAGUCCGUCUUGGUCCUCCGUACCGCAAAAACUGUCCACGUCGAGACAAAAGUAGUGUGCGUUUGGCCGAGAGUUGUCGAAGGGAAAGGUCAGAGUUAUUUGGCCAGUCUCAAAGGAAACUAAUAACUAUCUACGUUCCAUAACCGAUUCUAUUUUGGGGCUUAAGGUCUGGAUAGUUUGCUACCUCGAAAUAAGUGACAUAUAUAAGGGUACUGCCCAACCAGAAUGCCCAGCAGUGGGACGUGAGCCACCGAGAUUGCCGAGCGUACCACAUUGAUGGUGCGGUAUGAACGACCCGACUCGAAAAGGUGUGAUAAAAAGUUAAACACUAUAGUGAUAGGUGCCAUAAAUAGGUCACAGUUCCUCUCCAAACACCAGCAACUCAAGUGUUCCAAGCGGAGAUAUAGCUACGUCUAGUUCCUGGUGUCCGUGAGUCCCAUAGAAGGUCCCUAGUCGAUUGCAAUAGGCCCUUAACGGACCAGGCUCCCCUGAACGAAGCAAGAUGGCUGACGUGAAUCUUGUGGGUCUCUUGAGAUUCAAGAUGGCAGCCGUUCACGCGCAAAUCCGUUGGUGCUGCCCGCCGGCUGUUGUAUGCGGCUACCCCAUACUCCCCCCACCCGCGUAACUCCCCAAGCUUGCCCCAGAGCUCAACACCCAGUUAUGGAAAACGGCACAAUUGCGGCGACGGCGAGAGGGAUAGAAUCCAAGGUCAGAGAGCCAGGGGCUCAGACCAGGAGGGAGAAGCUCUGAGAACACCAUAAACUGUACAGAAUGUAUGUUAAAAGGGGAGAUAAAGACAGGGGAUGGAGAAGGGGAAUAAAGAGAAAAUUAAAUGGAACAGAUUCCAAAUAUAUAUAAAAAUAUUCACAUAAUCAUUAGAGAAAAUCACUCUGACCAGUGCCAAGCUGGAGGAGCUAUGCCUGUCAAGUCUUUAUAUGGAUAUGUUACUUGUUUUUGACUGGUUAAAGUUUUGAUUGACUUGUGCUGCUGAAGGCAUAAGUAAAGAAAGUUAUGCAAAAUAUGAAGCCUCCUGUCAUGUAGUAAAAUUCAGCCUUAACAUGAGUUUUAAAAAUGUCAGUUUUACCCGAUUCUUUAAGGAAUACGAUGAUCUAUAACAUGCGGUUAAAUUAGAGCUAUUUACAAUCCCUGGUGCCCUGAUUAGGCUGUUUAUUCCUGUGAUUAACUGUUAGAUGAUUAGAUGUGUGGCAGCACCCCAACCCUGUUAUCCAUGUGAGAAUGUUUUGUUUCCUAUGUUCUUCGUGCUUUAAUUUUGGUAAAUGGUGAUCAUGCACUGACAUCACAAGACUCCUGGCCCACUCUCCAGUUUUUCAGUUCUGUGUAUUGUAAGGAUAAGGUGAAUUAAUUGUAUUUAAUUUAUAUCAAAAGGUUUUUUUUUUUUAUUAAAGAUUUAAUGUUCUGUAUUGCAGAUCAGCUUCUGAAAACUCACUGAUUAUAAUUGAUGAACUGGGAAGAGGGACUUCCACUUAUGAUGGUUUUGGACUGGCAUGGGCGAUAUCUGAAUAUAUCUCCACAAAAAUUGGUGCAUUCUGUAUGUUUGCCACACAUUUCCAUGAAUUAACAGCACUCGCUGAUCAAGUUCCAACAGUAAACAACUUGCACGUCACAGCACUUACAACAGAUGAGACCCUAACUAUGCUGUAUCGCAUUAAACCAGGUAAGCAGGCAUGUACAUGAAAUAAAAAAGGAUAAAAGGAGAUUAUCACCAUCCAUAAAGGGCAUUGUCGAACAGGUUCAUUAUAUUCUUUCUACAACGUAUUUUUGUGCAAUUUAAAAAAUCUAGUAAGACCUGUGCUAUCAGGCAAGACCUCAAUUGAAAUAAACUUGUACUUUGUAAUUCUUUACGAAUUUAGAGCACAGUAAUGUGGUGGGCAAAAAGGCACAUAACACCAAUUUAUAGUUGUAGUUACUUUAAACGGGUGUCUGUUAUGCUUUAAAGGGACACUAUAGUCACCCAGACCACUUCAGCACAACAAGGUGUUCUGGGUGCCAGGUCCCUCAGAUUUUAACCCUUCACAUGUAAACAUAACCAUUUCAAAGCAUUGAGAAAGGCUUUCCUAUGGACACUUUGAAUGCGCCCGCGGCACUUGCCACGCAUGCGCAUUCGGCUCCAGUCAGGUUGGAUGGGGAGGAGAGGUCACCAGCGUGCUGCAUUAAGGUAAGUGGCUGAAGGGGUUUUAACCACUUCAACGCCACAGGAGGGGGACCCUGAGGGUGGGGGCACCCUCAGGGCACUAUAGUGUCAGGAAAACCGCUUUGUUUUCCUGACACUAUAGUGAUCCUUUAAGAGCUACAUACUGCUUUCCUGUCCACAGGGGAAAGUAGUUUGAAAAACGUGUAGAUUUGUAGCUAGUAUUGAAGAUAACACAAGCACGUCUUUGUAUAAUUAGGCAAAAUUAAGUAUUUUGAUUUACACCCAAUUUUGUUUUAUUUAAACUUUCAACUUGCAACUACUGACCAAAUAUGCAGAUAAAACCUACAUAAUACUUAGAGACUCUAUAGGCACCCAGACCACUUCAUCUCAACGAAUUGGUCAAGGUGCUGUUUCCCAGUAGUUUUAACCCUACAACUAAAAACAUUGCUGUUCUGCAGUAAUGCCAAUGUUUACAUUGCAGUGUUAUCAUGCUUCUAGUGGCUGUCUCCCUGACAGGAACUAGAGAUGCUUACACCCCAAUAGCGGAGUUAAACUCUGCUAUUGAACAAGGUGGUCUCAUAGAGGCCAUUUAAUUGGUGCAUCAAAGCCUUUUGUCGCACAUGCGCACUAGCCUCCUCCUAAGGGGAAACCUUGAAUUGGCCGAUAUCAUCUACACUGGUGAUCAGUCAAAGAGGAGAAACUGCAUCAAUGAGAACCGCCACGGCUAGAACCAAAAGGUAAGUUAUUCUCACAUUUGAAACCCUUUCCGGGAGGAGUCAGACAAACAUCUAAAUAGGUAGUUUAAAAAAAAAAAAAUAUGGCGUUCGGAAUACAUGUUUGUAUUCCUAAUGCUAUAGUGUUCCUUUAACAAAGGUUUGAAUUUGUGUCCUUGACCUGCUCCCACAAUGCCUUGUCUCAGCUGUCCAUAUAUCCCCAAGAAUCCAAAUGUGGCAUUACAUUCUAAAUGCAACGCAUGCUUCCACUACACUGUAACAUCUUGAUUAAAGUUGAUGCUUUAUAAAGUAUCCCCAUGUUUUGCAUCACAGCACUUCAAACUUUCCAUCCUUUUCAUUGGGCAAAAAGAACAUUUUUUUUUUUUUUUUUCUUAAGAAGGGAAUAUUGUAUAUGUAUUUUUUGUAUAUAAAUACAUAGUGCAGGCUGACCAUACUGGUUGAUAAGAAAGAUAGGGCAUUUGCAAAAACCUGUUUACGCCUACACAGAUUGACAGAGAGGGAUUUCUUUCAAGUUAUUCACUAAAAUUUGAAUAGAUGGCAAUUCAAACUGAAUUGGCAAUAAUAGGUUAAUGCUGUUUUACUAGCAAAGCGCCUUUAAUGCUGUGUUGUAGCUUCUUUCCUCUGCAACAAAAUAUCAUGAGUCUCUCUCACCUUUGUCCGUGACCUUUCUCUUGCCCAUUUUCUCUUCAAACUAAAAACAGCCAAAGGACCCAUACUGUCACGCUGCAUUUUUAAAACACUUGCUGGGAUAAUUUUCACCUUGGAAGAUGACAUAACAAUUUUGCAGUUGUGUUAAACACUAUAUUUUGACAGUGCUGUCUCUCUUCUGUUGUAGUAAGUCAACUGUUUGAAUGCUACAAUUAUUUACUAAUUAUCACUGACAUUUAAACAAAGAAAAAAAAAAUCUGCUGCUGCUUUGUCCGUGGAUUUACAGUUACUUUAUUUUCAAUGGAAAUUAUUGCUUCCCAGGGUGGUUAAUGCUAUGUCUGCUUGUCCUCUGUAUUUAACACGUCUGUUAAUUAACUGUAAAAAUAAACUCCACUGUUUUCUAGACCGAUCUUGGAAUGGUCCCUCUAUAUUGGUUCUGUGUCAGUCAUUAUCAACAUUGCCCUCUAAUGUCAUUGAACAUAGUAAAUGGAGGAGGAGAAACAAACUGGAGGGAGUUGGAGAAGGGGUGGAGGGGGUUACUUAGUGUUAUUUUCUGAAGAGUGAUGCCAAGUUGUAAAAUGGAGCAGUCACCAUUGGAAUGUGCCUGCUGAUUAGCUUGGUUUCUAUGGUGACUGCUCCACGUUUAGACGUUUGCACCACUUUUCAGAACAUGACAGUUUGAUAGAUACCUUUCCUCCUUCAGUACAAUGUAUGCCCUGGCUGUGCCAGGACUGAAAUGUACGGUGAUGCCAAUCAUUAAAUCUUUAGCAUACAUUUUUAAAAAGCACAGGGUUUUUCAUAAAAAACAAAACAAAUUUUAUUUUUAUCAUUUUAGAUUUUCAAUAUUGCAAUUUCCAGAGAAGUUACAGUUCCCUUUUAAUACUUGGUAGUCACAGAGUUCUCUCUGUAAUGCAGUAGUUUAUUGAAGCUUUCUAAUCCUGAUAACAAAUUGUUUAGAAGAAUAAUAAAAUUGUAUGUGAAUUUUUACCUUUUUUAUGAUUGUGCAGAAUCUUCCAACUCAUUUGUAAUGGUUGGAAUAAUUGCAUCUUGUAAAAGCCUUGAUCGUUAUUAUGCUUUGCAGAAGACAAUUUAAACUGCCAUGGUUUUGAUACAUUAGGGUGUUAGGAGUUUUUAUUCUAUGUUUCUGUUAUGCCCUUGAUAAUCUGUGAGUUUGUUUAGUUUAUACUGCAGUAGGUUCCAGUAUAUACUGUUACGCAUUUAUGAAACAAGUCAAAUUCUGAUAAACUCUUUGCUUUGGGUUUUAGUUUCUGGUCUAAGCUAUGAGUGCCAUAUAUUAAGAAGGUUCUUCAUUAUGAAUUGUCCGAAAUUCUAAGUGAAAUAGGCCACAAAAGUCUUCUGUUUGCAAGUGACAUGACCCUCCGAUACAGUGCCACCAUGUUCUCAGCAGAGGUCCACCCUUACUCCACUUGCUGUCUUCUUUGAUUUGCCCUACUUGGAGACAUUUUCCUAGAGCAAGCCACCUCUGUUACUCCGACAUGGUGACUUAAUUUCAAGCAUGUCGGCGUUUGAACAGGUGACAUUAGUCACUCCUUUCCUAUACUCCCUAGCCUGCACUAACCACGUUAGCUAGGGAGUUACCAUACUUUGGGGAGCAGAAGAACUGUCUGUUUUUCUUUUUGGCUAAGAGCACAUGAGACCCCUCUAAGUAAGUUGCUAGUCCCCCAUUUGACAAUGUCAAACAUAUCCAACCAGGACCCAUAUCACAUACACCACUUACUAGUUUUAAUACUUAAAUACAUUCCCGAUGUAUAUGUGUGGAUAAAAGUACCAUACUGAAACAUGUGAAACUAAAGGUUAUGUUCAUAAGCACAGCAUCCUGAGAAUUCUAUGAAAUCUGGACAAUUAGCACGAAUGAUUAUAUGAUUUUGUAGGAAAGCAGCCUUGCUAUCGCUUGCAUCUGCUCAGAUUACUGUGAUUAACUGUACUUAUUAAAUAGAGCAUUCAUCACUGUGCCUAACAGACCAGGUGUACUCCUUGACUAUAUUUAAAUUGGCCAAGGGGAAUCCUUUCACAAGGUAGACAGGUAACUGUGCCUCACGUCGGAGUUUGCUACAGGCAAAGCAAACUGACGCUGUAAUUGAAGUUGGCAUUGAGUGAACUAAUUGAAAAAUAUGAUCAUGUUGGUGUUUCUGGAACAAUUUGUUUUACAGUAUUGCCAAUGGAACAAGAAUUGUCCCUGCUCUUCCUCGAGCAGUUAUAUUGAUGAUUCAUUCCUAUAAAAUAAGGAAAUGUCACAAGGUUACUGCACACCCUGUGGUACAUGUAGUAAUGAAAUUUAGUCUGUUUUUAUGGCCACUACUUUGUGAUUGUCUAGCCAGUAAAUGGCCGUGACCUAACAGAGAAUCUCUGGCUAACACUGUUCUUACAGAGUGUCUUAUGGCUUUCUGAUUUACUUUAUUAGUUUCAUUAGAUGUAAGGGGAGAUACAUUUACUGUAUGUCUGAAGUUGAUAAUCUGGGCUCCUGUAACAAGCACUGUAUACAGUGACCUAAGACGUAUAAAUUUAUAUAGAUGUGAUAAAGAGCAAUGAAGUGCAUUAUGUAAUCAGGUAAUGCUUUUUGGGGAGGUGGGGAGGGCACGCUCAUAAAUACAUGGUUUGUCUUCACUACCAUAUCUCCUUGUGUGCCAGUAUCAGAAGAGGUAUUGAAUUAAUGGCUGCAGGUGCACUAAUCCUGGACAUGUCACAACAACAUUAUGAUUUUCCUUCAUAAAUUUUUUUUUUUUUUUUUUGUGGUAUUAGAUCUUUUGCAAGACUACGGCAUGUCCAGGUGCUCGGCUGAGAUUAGAGCUUGCUGCAGUAUACAUGGUGUCACUCAUGUAAGAUCUUCACAUUGUGGCCUGUGGGGGUCUGGUCUUAUCCCAAAUGUUCCUGUAUAGCAGAGUUUAUUGGAUGGUAAUUCAGCCCUGGGUAGUGAUGUCCCGAACGGUUCGCCGCGGACUCAUCAUUGAGUAAACUUUGACCCUGUACCUCACAGUCAGCAGACACAUUCCAGCUAAUCAGCAGCAGACCCUCCCUCCCAGACCUUCCCACCUCCUGGACCGCUCACGAAGAAUGCAGCUUCAAAAUGGAUGCUGUCCAGGAGGUGGGAAGGUCUGGGAGGGAGGGUCUGCUGCUGAUUGGCUGGAAUGUGUCUGCUGACUGUGAGGUACAGGGUCAAAGUUUACUCAUUGAUGGGUCCGCGGCGAACCGUUCGGGAUAUCACUAGCUCUGGGCAUCAGUUCCAGCCAACAGAUAUAGUAGCUGUAAUAUGUCCACGUAUUCAGCCAUUCUACUCACCAUAAGUUUGACAGCUGUGUUCAAACUUUUGCGAGUGGGUACAUUCACUGUCACUCAGCAAGUGCAUGCCAUAGAAUUGUUUGUAUGGUCAAAGAAAGAAAAGUAGAUUUCUUCUUUGACUUGGCAGGUUAAAAUGUUUGUUUUUGUUUUGCAAAUAACUGUUAUGAGCAACAGUGUGAAAGGAGAUCGUGACAAGGUAUCCCAUAACGGGACCUAGGUUUUUGUGGUGCGUGCAGAGUCCCAUUGCCUUCAGUAAGUGAACUUCUGUUGGGACGUAUGUUGCUUGGCAUAUCCCUUUAACUACAAUACAGGAUCUUCUGUUGAGAUAGAUGGUGCUUGGCCUGUCCCUUUAACUACACUACAGGAUCUUCUGUUGGGAUGCAUGGAACUUGGCCUGUCCCUUUAACUACACUACAGGAUCUUCUGUUGGGACGUAUGGUGCUUGGUGUGUCCCUUUAACUAUAGUACAGGAUCUUCUGUUGGGAUGUAUGGUUGGUGUGUCCCUUUAACUAUAGUACAGGAUCUUCUGUUGGGAUUUUUGGUGCUUGGUGUGUCCCUUUAACUAUAGUACAGGAUCUUCUGUUUGUAUAUAUGGUGCUUGGUGUUUACCUCUAAUUACAAUUAGGUAUCUGUGAUGUAAUCAACAACAUUGUGAUUUUCCUUAUAAUUUUUUUUAUUUAUUUUUUGUAGUAUUAGAUUUUUUGCAAGACUGUUGUUUCUCUGAUUUUUUUUUUUAAGAGCUCAUUAGAAUCUGUGUAAAAAACUAUUAUUGCUAAAUGUCUAUGCAAUAAACCCAGAAGGCAACACAUCUAAUGGUACAAAAGAGAACUGCCUUUUUACAAGUGGCAAAACAAACUCUGUGAGUGUUUAAAUAUACCCCUAGAAAAUGCUGUAUAGCUAUGCUUUAAUUUAUAUUAUUAUUGCACCUACAGGUGUCUGUGACCAGAGCUUUGGAAUUCAUGUGGCAGAACUUGCUAACUUUCCUAAACAUGUCAUUGAGAAUGCCAGAGUCAAAGCACUGGAGUUAGAAGAAUUCCAGUAUAGCAAAUAUCCAGACGAAUGUGAAGAACCCAGCAGCAAGAGACAGUGCACGGAAAAGGAGGUUCGUAAAUAAGGCAUAAGUACAAAAAGCUGAAUAUGUCAAAGCCGCAAACUGCAUAUCUUAUUGAGGUUCAUUUCACUGUCACAAAUUCUUUUCAUAGUCACUGGCUGGAAGGGUACAGUAUGAAUAUGAGGGGUGUUAUAUCUACUUGGAUAGAAUCUGUGACCUAAGCUGUAUUGAAAAAGUUUGAGAAGGGUGAUGCACUGCUUUUGCUAUGUAAUCUAUUGCAGGGCUUGACAAAUUUCCUUGGAAUCUAGAAGCCAGCUAAAAUAGUUAAAAGCCAGGUUUUCUAAUGCCAAAAUGCAAUUCUUAAAGGGACCCAAAAGUCACCAGAACCACUGCAGCUUAAUGUAGUUGUUCUGAAGUCUAAAUCCUGUCCCUGAACGCUUUUCAAUGCAAACACUGACUUUUCAGACAAAAGGCAGUAUUUACAUUGCUGCCUGGUGACACCUCUAGUGGCAGUCACUCAAACGGCCUCUAGAGGCGCUUCCUGGGUUAGUGCUUCAGCACCUACGUUAAUGUUUCCUAUAGAAAUGCAUUGAUUCAAUGCAUCUCUGAGGUGAAUUUGGCUGGCGCAGUGGCAUUUUGCCGUGCAUGCGUAAUAGUCUCCUAAUCCUUUCCUAUGUGGAAGCAUUGGAUUGGCUGAGAUUGUAAAAAUAAAUCAGCACGUCUUGGGGAAAAAAAAGUAAAAACACCUUUCCCACCUUUUCUUAAAAGAUAAUUAAAUUGAGUAACUUGUUAAAAAAUAUACUUAUAACUAUACUGUUACUCCAGCUUUAACUACCUCUGACAUUCUGUUCUAUUAGUGGUGUCCAUCCUACCCUUUUUUGGUAAUCCUUUCAUUUUACUUUGAAAAGUGGUGUCUACUUGCCAGAGUGCUUACUGUGUCAUCCUGUCAGGCACACAUAUGAUGCAUACCCACAAUGCUUCUCUAUGAGAAGCAUAUGAUUGGGCAUGUGUUCUCCAUCUUGAUAAUGUUUCAUUAGGUGCACUAUCCUAGGGCUGCAUUACAGGUGAGUUUAAUAUUGGGUUUAAACAUUUGGGGUUUUUUUUUUUUUUGGUUUUUUUUUAAUACAUCUUACACAGAGAUACAUGUGCUUUUAAGUAAAUGUGAUUGUGUCAGAUUACUUUCUGCCAAACAAAAUAAAAAAAUGUUUUUUUCUUUUGCAGGAAGGUGAAAAUAUCAUCCAAGAUUUCUUAGCAAAAGUGAAAGCUUUGCCCCUUACGGAAAUGUCUGAAGAAGAAAUUAGAUCGAGACUGAUGCAGUUAAAAGCUGACAUUUUGUCCAAGAAUAAUAGUUUUGUAAAUGAAGUCGUUUCUCGAACAAAGACCAUGUCCUGAACACCUUCAAAAUGCUUCCCUUGUCUGAAAACCUGAUCUGUAAUCACAGGUCACGCACCCAUUUGUACUACUGUAGAUUGUAUUAAAAAAAAAAAAAAAAAAAAGUACUGUUUGCAUCUAUGCUGUAAAAAGAAAUAAACCUGAUGUUUUUUUACUUUAUCCUUGUUAGUUUAUACUGUGCAUUAUUAUAUAAUUAAAAUGCACGUUGUUUUUCCUGUCUGAGUGUGUGUAACCGUAUGUGAAUGCUGACAUCAAAUUGUCAAAUUAUCAAACUUUUCCAUGUGAUUUUUCAGACACAAGCAAUGCUUCAACACAGAUGAAAUUAAUUUUUUCAUGGUUCUGUUUUUUUAAUAAUAUUAAAAAU